GCUGGUAUCCAUAGCAGUGGUCAAUCGUGUUCAUCUAUCCCAUAAUGAUCAACAUCUCCCUACAGGAGGUCCUAAGGUAAAGACGCAGAAAGAGAGCCCCUUGUUUCUCUUUGUGUUAUCUAUUUGUCCUGCAGCCCAUCCUCAGUGUGCUCAAGGCUUUUUAGCUUCUCCAUCAUUUACAUUCGCUGCUCGUCUACCUCUGGUGGGUCUCAGCCUGUCGUGUUCCCCCCUCCGUGUCUUAGCUGCAGUGGACGCCAGUGAGCACGCAGUCGGAGUUGUAACAGAGCCGUUAAUCUACGCAGACAGACGGGCGCGAUAGCGGAAGGGGCAGGUGCCGUUGGGUUUGGGAUUGUGUUGUUAUGCAGCAGGCUCGCUGCGUGAGUCUGCAGGGAGAGGUGACGAGUAAAUCUGUUCCGCUGAAUCAGGAGAGGUGUGUGUGAGCAAGCUUCCCCUUCACAUCCCUGCCUGAGCAUGUGUAAGUGUGUGUGAGUGUGUGUUCAUCCCCUGCGGCUGCUCUCUCUCUCUCUCUCUUUCUCUCUCUCUCUCUCGCUCUCUCGCUCUCUCUCUGCAGGACAAGGGAUUGUCACCAGUCACAUUGUGUACCGGCAAGCUCCUGACCCCUCCCUCUCCUGCUGCCCCCUGUUCCUACUCCUCACCUCCCUCCCUGUUUCUCCCACAGGCGUACAGCAACAGCUGGCGAGGUCACAUGAUGUAACCCAGCUACCUCUCCCUCUCCUUUUCUCUGUCCCUUCUCUUUUGCCCCCAUGUGACAUCCAAUAACACACAGAGAUACAAAGAUUUUGACAAAUAAAAAACAGGCUUGAGUGUGGAGGAAUGCUGAAAAAUACGACAGCUCAGUGACAUUUAACAGAAUUCAGUUUUCAGGACAGCGAUCAAUGUGACCAUCAAUAAUGAUGACAGAACAAGGACACCAUCACAGAGAGGACAGUGAGGUCUGGAGGAUCAGUGGGCACGGGUAUCUGUGUGUGUUAGUGUGUGUGUGUGUAGGUACUUGAAUCCGUCACAUCAGCAGCUUUGCACAACUGCAGUAUUACAUAACCAGAGAGAGAGGGAGAGAUGUGAAAUAAGAGACCAAUGAUAGGCUUUAUAAAUGGGGGGGGUAGAUUUGGACUUGUGUUCCACCUCUGUCAAAGGGUCUGUAUCUGAGCUGGGUUUGAGUCUCCUCUGAAAUGAGGUUCUCAACUCAUUAGUCAAGAUACCUCACCUAAUACUCUCAAACCGUGGACCUAUAGCUGGGGAUAUCUGUGAUUGAGGAGUUUAUAGUAUUGUUUCUUGUGUUUCUGCAGGAUGUAAUCAACAUUUAGAAUACAGCUAAGACAGUUUCAGGGUAUCGCAGGACCUUUUAAAGGUGUAACCAGUUGUGUUCAGUCUAUCAGUGGUGUAGUGUUGUAGGAGAAGAUUCAGGAUUAUGCACUUGUGUCUUUGUCUCUAUGGGAUUAUGGCUCUGUAAGGAGAUCAUAGCAUUAAUAUUCACAAACACUGAGUACCACUGGAUGCACACAGGUAUAUAUAUCAUACUAGUACAGUACUGUAUUGCACUGUAUGAACAGACUGGCAUGGAUAUAACCAUACUGUUAUUUAAGAGCACUGUCUAUUGGUUGAAUUCCUUUUAAAUUACAUUUAUUAGAAAAAAAGACAAUGAAUACACAUGAAUCAAUACCUCACGUUAUGUAAUAAGUGAAAUGACUAGAGGUCAGAUUGACUGGUUAUUGAAUGUUUAUUGAUAUUAGAAAAAUGACAGUACAAAUAUUCAAAUACACCACAGCAUUUCUCCAGUGUUGUUUUCAUUAGAAUUAUCAUUCACUUUCCAGUUACAUUGAUUUGAAUUAACAGCACACAACAACAACAACAAUCAUUUUGUGAUUAAAUAGUGUUAAUAAGAGCAUUUGCAACAUCCUUGAGGAGCAAGCUUUUUAGCCCCAGAGCCCAAAACAACAACAAAAAAAAAACCUGAUCACCAGUGGAGCCUUUCCAUGUAUCAUCAUACACUUUAUUUACCUUCUUGUUUAAACCUUAAUUUACAGUCUCACAAUUUACAGUUGAUUUUAAGUCUGUAAAAACUCCUAUUAGUUAAAAAUGCUUGAAAAAUGAAGAUGAUAGUGCAAAGCAACAUUGUUUUAAGAUGGUGGCCCUUCAGCAAAAAAGCUUUUAAACUGUGCAAUUUUAGUCUGUGCUAUUUGUGUAGUGAUUUAAAGAUAAUGAAAAACAGCUGUAUUGAUCUUAAUGGAAAAUGCAUUAAAAUAUUAUUAACAUUAUUCAACUCACAGCGAAAAAUCCAAUCAGCUUUGGAAAAAAAAAAGGUAUGAAAAACAACAUGGCACUUAUUUUGUGUCUUCUUAGCGAAAAACUGGCAUAAAAUAUCGCUGGCAAAGUUACAAAAUAAACCACAGUUAAAAAAAAAAUGUCAGCAGCAUUAUACAGAAGUCACCUGCAAACAAGAGGCUUUACUUGUUUUUAGACAGACACAGUAGGCUACUUGUUUGCCUUCCUAUUCUAUCUGAAAUCCCCACAAUAUCCCCCCGUUGAGCUGCGGAAAAACAACAAGCUGUGCACUCUUGGAUUGAUCUUCUGUAAAGGGUCAGAAUGGCACAUAAUCCCAUUAAAGCACUAGGUGGUGGUGAAGUGUUUGGGUGCCCUGGAUGUGUAAGAUAUAAAAAUAACAUUGCACUUAAGGUAAUUUUUUUAAUCUCGUACCCGUCAAAGCUAGAAUUUAUGUUAGGAUUUUGAUUGACUGCUCUGAUUGAGGCUAUGAGGCUUUUUUUGACCUCUCUAUCACUGAAACUGGAUGAUCAUCGUUAAGCAUUAAACUAUUUUUAUGUGCGUGUUAUAGUACAGUACCGCUGAUUGGUAAACAGAGACCCAUGUCUGUGAGUGUGUGAACAUGAAAGUGUAGUGUGUGUGUUUGUGUGUGCGUGUGUUAUGUUUUAUUUUGUGUGAUUAACUCUCUUUUGCAAGAGGUGGGUAGUAAACUGGCAUAUCAUGCUGACACACACUGAAACCAGACCUGUCAACAUCCAUUACAUCAUUUCCGUAUCCCUUGGAUGUCGUGUCGUCUGGAAAAGGUCUCUCACAGUCCAGCAGGGUGAAUUCAGUGUCGAAACAGAGCUCGAUCUGCCCCAAAAUCUGGACCUCAUCUCUCUGUCACACACAAAAACACACAGACUGUUAGCCACGACGUGAAACAGCUGAAAUAAAACACAGAAUUUGAAUACUUAAUAAUUCUAAAAAUAUUAACACAUAAAAACUGAACAACAAAUGACAAUUGUGCUGCAUUGAUAUAAAUAAAGAAGCUCUUACCCUUGACCCGAAGGCGCACUGGAUCUUGGGUUUGAUGCUGUACGACUUCUCUAUGGCAUCUUCAAUUUGUGAUAACUGCAGACAAACAUAUUAAAAAGAUAUAAUAAAAAAAGGGUAACUUUCUUGAUAACAGCUGUUCAAACGUCACAUGCUGUUAUCUACAUACAAUGUUUAUGACUAAAGUUAGCACAGAAAAAGGAGGUUCUGAGUAAUGAUUAAGAAAAGACAUACUUUGUAGUAGCUCUCUGAGGGGGUGAUGUUGAACUUCCUCAGGACUCUACAAAAACAAAAACAGUUAUUUUUUGUGUUAAUAAAUUUAAUUCAGAUAUCAAUAAAAUAAGUUAAUAAAAAAGUCAGAAUGUGUAGAGUUAACUGGUAGCUGGUGAUUAAAGAAAAAAAGUACAAACAGUAAAAUAAAUCAGUGUUUUUCAGGAAACUAGUGUACACUCAGUAUAUACACAAUGUCACAUAACAAUUUUUGUCAUUGUGGUGCACAAAAUGUUGUACUUGUUUCUCAAAAACCUGUAAAAACAUGCAUUUAGUGUCCACCCACAAUCACUGUAAAUUAUGAAGCAAAGUAGAACAGACUGCUGUGUAAAUACAUUAAGAUCAUAUGCAGUGUUUACACAUCCCAGCAAGCUAAACUAGAGUAGCUCCUUGCAUGGCUGCAAUAUAAAAUGAGUGAACAAACAGCACCAAGAGACAUAACACAACCCCAGCAGCCUCUAAAUUAACACCAUUAGAUUUAAUAGCUAGAAGUGGAUUGUCCUCACUCGCAUGGAGGUGGUUUGGCUUCAAAAAGACAGAUGACACUCAAAUGACUCCAAUAUACUGCCCACAUCAGAGAGCAAUUGCAGUUAAAGACCGUUUGAUAUCUAGUUUAACUCUCAGCACAUAUGCAAAUGAAAAGCCAACUGAGUAAGAAACUAAAAACACAAAAACACACUCAGCAAAAUUAGAUGGUUCCUCUAACUUGCCCCGUUUAAUCUCAGUACUUGCUCUGGUGAUUUCACUGUUUUUGUAAAGUACUGACUUGAAAUUAGUUUAAAGUUGAUAAAUAUGUCCCAAUAUUAUUUAAUAUAACAUUAACAAGACUGAGCUAGGACAUUACACAACCUUUACCAACACUCCCUUUGGUUGUUUUACUGCACUGUUUUUUCAGAGAUACAAAAUAACAUGAUUAUUGUCAUUGGCAAAAUUCCCCCAAAUAUUCAUAUACUACUUUUUGUCAGAAUCACUCACUACUAGUGUUUAUAUGCCAUACCUGUCCAAAUCCACUUUAUGGUAGAGUUCCAAUGCCUUGCUGAAGUAUUUAUGUUGGCUAUUCAGAGAGUCUGCUUUGGCUGCACAUGUCCCGUGUUUAUGCCACUCAUACUUCCUGUUGAAACAGACAGAGAGACAGAAUCAGCUUUUAACUGCAAAGGACAAAUUUAAGCAUGGGCUGCAUGAUAACUAUAAUCUAAGUUUGGACACAGCUGUGUAUGUUUCCUCAGUUUUCAGGAUUAGACUGGAAGAAUCGAGAAGUGCAGCUGAGGCCAGCAAAACUAAUGACUAAUGAACUAUGUAAUUUUAUAGUCUAUGGAUAAGUGCUUAAUGUGCCUUAUUACAAUUUUCACUUCUUUAAAAAGCUGAGAAUGCAAAUAACAUCCUUUUGUGGUUCCAUCUCUGCAAAAACAUUCUGGUAAACCAGUCAAAGGUUGAGUAAAGUCUGAGGAAGUUUGAGGGGUCUGACAGUAAAUAUUGAAGGGUUUAUUGAUGCAUACCAGAAUUCAGUAGACGUGGGUUUCAGCAAGUCCGGCCAACUCCUCUUCAUGUCUGGAAGCAGGUCCUGAAAUCAAUUUUUUGUCAAAACAAACAAGCAAACAAAAAAAAAAACAAUUUUUUGACCAAAACAGACCAAAAAAUAUACUCUGCAUCUUUUCUCCACUAUUGUGAAUUAAACUAUAGGACCUUUUUCACAUUGAUGUACAUAAUUACAUAUUUUCUUUUCAUUGUUUGUCUUUCAUCUUGUCAGAGGAGUAAAUGCGUGUGUGUUUAUCUUCCUUCUCAGUACCCCGAAUUAAGAGAUUAAUAGAUUUCAGAGUUUGCAGAAGGACAAGGAAUGACUCCUGCAUUUCUCGUGGUUACGGAGACAAUGAUCAGAGUCAUACCUCUAUUUGAGAGCUGUUGAAAUGCCAAGAUGAGUUGCAGUCCAUCCCUUUAUCAGGCCUGGAAAAUAGAAAGAGUCACCACAAGGACAUGAAUACAAAUUCAUAGGAACACUGGCUAAUGCAAAUGAAACAACAAACUUUCAUACCAGAGUCCGUGCAGUGUCCAGUAGCUGAUAUUUGGUUUACAGUGCUCCAUCUGAAAUUUGUUCAAGAAAAAAAACAUGUGAUUGUAAUCAACCAGAAAGCUUAACCAAAUAUUUUUCCAGAAGUACUCAUUGGGUAUUUCAAAGAUGCAGUAUAUCCCCUGUUUUGUUUUCGCAAGUUAAUAAAAGGGACAUUUCUUCUUUCCCUGCCAUAAAUGUGACGCUGUUGAGAUGUAGAAAGGGGAACUGUUGCAGCUUUGUAAUUUAGGGACAACAUAGUAUACACAGAAUGUCUACUCUGGCCCAAAUUCCUCCCAGGACCAACAGAAAGUAAUUCCCCAAAAUAAAAGUCUUUAAAGUCGUUCAGCAAAAUGAAAGCAAAAAAAUGUAAAACUUUUCAUGUGUGACAACAGUUUGUCGAAUAAAACCUUUACAGCUGAACAUAUAACACCAGACACAUCUCUAAACAAUACGGUCUGUGCUGUUUUACAGAAUUUAUUAAGAAGUCAGAGGAGUGUGCUCAAAAAACACAAAAAAGAGGAUGUUGGUUGUUUUUUGUGAUGUGACUUGUGGAAAUGUUUGACGGUACCUUGUAGAAAAAAAAUUGCCCAAUCCAACCAGAAUGUGUACAGUCACACAGCCUCUCUCAUGACUUAGACUUAAACAUCACAUGACUCUGAAGGAUUUAGUGAUAAUUCUGUCAACAUUACAUCAUAAUGCAGUAUUUAGGCGAUUUUUGGGGUAAUAUUUGGAGCUGAGAAACCAUGUUUUUGAACAAUUGAACACAACUGUUACAUAAAUCUUAAUAUAACUACACAACCCUCACUUUGUCAUUACCAACACAGACUAAACUACCCCUUAAACCUCAGCAAAAUGUAUGCAGAGCCUUCUUCAACCUGUGGCCAACAUGCUGUGGUGCAGGGAUUACUCUAACCAGACAGAAAUAGUUUGUUGACUAAGCAUAGGUGUAAUAACUAUCAUAACUUUAUGGUUGUGGGGUAUUUUAGCAGCUUAAGGACAGGUAUAAGUUUUUGUAUAACACUUGGUUUCUAACUGUGAUGUGUCAAACAAAACGUCUCCCUGAGAACAAACAUCUGGAUGUCAAAGAAAUGACACAGAGACACUCACACUGCAGAAGGUGUUUGGCCAGUGAUGAGUCAGAAUCAGUUUGGUCCACAUGCUGUCAUGAUGAUGGUGAUGAUGAUGUGUGAUCACAUAGGCAGAAGACAGGGCUACUACCAGGCACAGCAGGAGAGGAGAGCAGAGCUUCAUGUCCAACCUGAAAGAUGAUAAUAUAGCUGUUAUACAAAAAAAGAAGGAAACAUCAGACAGCACACAUGCUAUAUACAAAACUGGAGAAUCUCUGGGUGUAGUAACUGAUCGAGGCAUUAAUGUGUGAAGAAACCCAUUGAAGUUGUGGUGUACAGGAGUGUGUUAUGUUGAAAUGAUUGUUUAUUUAAUUAAAUGGACAAAAUAUUAGUACCAUCUUUCAGUACAACACACACCAGUACAGCACCACCCACUAUGUAUAUGAAUUUUAUUACAGGCUCAAGUCCCAAUAGCAUGAAAAAGGAAAAAAAGAAAACAGAUGCGUCUUAAAAACAAAUAUAAAGACCAUUUGUCUACAACUGGAAAUGUAGAAGCAUCCUGAAAGUAUGAACCUGUGGUAGUGCGGUUGUAUUGGGUGGCAUUAGUUUGCCCAGGUCUUCAUAACGUUAUGGCUGGCUAGUGUAUAUUAGUAUAAUAGACUUAAAAGUGUGGUAAGUAAGGAGAGAAUGCAGACUAUUCGCAGCUAGACACAGUUUGUGGUUUUCAAUGAGCAAAAAACACAGUGUGGCAAAAAAGACCUCAUGUGACAAGAGUGCUUAGUCAAUCAAACAAAACCUCAAGUUAGCUUUCUAUUCCUCAAAUGUACUGAACAAAGACCAGUUUAAACUUUGACCAGAUUAUCCUUCAGUCAAUAAAACAUUAGUCUCUCUGAACAUACAGUAUCUCUUUACCACGGCUAAACAUUUCUCGGCAGGCAACUUUGAAGCGAAUGCUUUGACCUGAGAAACUCUGCUGUAGUGUUAUCUACUUUUCUUUUCCCUUAAAACAUUGCUCUUUAACUCCAGUGCAUUUCCAGGUUUACAAGAACAAGCCAAACCUAGCAGACUGACAAUAUGUUGGUGGUUUGACCGAGCACAAAGACAAGCUGUCCUGUCCCAUCGAGUCUUCAAGAAAAGUACAUUUGAACAUACGGCGUAAAGCAGACGAGCUUUAAAGUGUGUUUGUGUUGGAUAACUUGAACAGGUCUUACCUCGAGCUGGGUAUCCUGCAAGAAAAAAAUGCUGGUAGUUACCCGAUCUCCGUGCUGUAAAUAAUUACACAACUUAACUAAGUUAGAGCAAGACUCGAGAUGCAGCGAUAGCUUAUGAGCAGUCUGUUUUUGUCCGGCUGUGAAGCUACUACCUGCCUGUCUGCGCAGCCAAUCAGGAGCGCCGUACGAGUCAUGCGUCAUCACGUGCUGAGUUGGAUGGCUCGGUUUAUUGUCGGGACCCCACCGGCUGCCAAAGAGGGUUUAGGAUUAGAUUUUAAAAUCCUGCAGGCGGCGGUUUGUAAACACAAGUGACUAACCUAAAGUCUGUUCAAUCAUCCCUGCAUCUGACAGCUUGUUUCCCGGUAAAAUCUUGAGGUCUUAUCAAAAAUAGUCAAAGAUAUUAAUAAAUUACUUCGGCACCAUGAAGUCAGAGGAGUAAGGCCAUUUCUGAGAUGAAAUAAAAAAGAAAAAGAAAUAGUAGUUGGUGGCCUUGAAACAGUUUACUUUUUCUAUUGUUUCUCUAAAAUGUCCUCAAACAAGAGUUUUGAAUUUAACAAGAAUAUAUGCGUGAAGAAGGCUAUUGGAACAGCUUCAGUUUUUAGUCUGUCAGGGAUUUUUCACUGGCAUUGUGUUCAACUAAAAUAAUGCAACAACUCCACCAUAGUCUGUUAUAUUCACAGGUUUUAGAACAAGAAAACACAUCCAACACCCACAGCUCAAAAUGUGUUUGAAAAUGUAAUGAGUCCUGGCAGGGACAUGAAAAUUGGGCUGUGCUCAAAACAUAGUGGAGGAUUUACUAUUCAUCUAUUGUUACUGCAUGAAUUAACAUCUUUAAAGUUGCUGUAUUUCUUUCUUUUUUUUGUUGACAAGCUGGAAUCCCCUCUGCAAGCUAAACAGAAAUCAUGUAACCAAUACAGAUUAACAAUAUCCCCAGAGUUAAAUAGAGAGUAACAGAUUAAAUAUGAUUUUCUGUAAAAAUUCUGAAACUUUUAAGCGUAAACCCCAAACAAAAGCAGCAGCUGCCUAGCCUGGCUGGGCCAUCCAGUUGCGUGAAUCACUUGUGAUUCACGCAAGUGAUUCACGCAACUGGAACGCCCAGCCAGGCUAGCAGCUGCCUAUAGGGUCUCCAAAGAAGGCUGAGUAGGUUGCCAUGUGUUAAGGAUACUUUCCAUGUCAAAUAUACCCAUUUUAAUUUUGUACUAGCACAACAGCUUGCCCUGUAUGAUAUGUUAUGCAGCUUUUUAUGAUUUGGCUAAAUGCUCAAGUGUGACAAGCCUAUUGUAUUCAAUGUGUGCCCUGUGUGGACCUUUUUAAUGAUUAAAACGUAUAUAAAUAAAUGUUCUUUCUUUUUCUCCAGGGAGUAUGGUGUCAAAAAGGUCUGAAAAGGUCUAAUCUGUAAACAUCCAUGUAAAGACAGGAAACAGAGACUUAUUAUGCAACAAAGCUGCAAACAUCUCUUAUUUUCUCCGAUGAGUUGUUUUGUUUGUUUUCUUUGUUGGAAACACUGCUGCCUACUUUGUCGACAUGCUCACAAAUUUACUACCACCUCAAUACCCUGUAGUCAUGGAUUACUUUAAGCCAGCAGCAUAUUCUACCAAAAUUAUCACUGGGCUUUGGUUACAGGUACUGUUCUGCCUGAUGACCAACAGAGGGCUCUUUUCAGCCACAGAUGGACAAGGGCUUUGUGUAUAACACACAUUCAAACACACAUAAGGACAUAUGGGAGAAGAUAACUUUGUAAUGAAUUAUGAGGCUCAACAAGAAAAAUUAAGAGAUGUUUUCACACACAAUAUUUCACAGCUACGUAGCAGCUUCUAAUGAAGGAUCCUAAAGUUUUUCUGACAUGAUCAUCAUGUUAUUAUUUGAAAAUAGUGUCUAUCAUCCAAGGCGCUACCAGGGAUUUUAUACCACAUUUGAACUAUUAAAUUACACCCACCAAUUCUCCAUCACAAACUCUCUGUUGAUUUUAGGGCCCUUGGAGUUUUCUUUUCUUUCCUCCCUGUCAAUCAGAAUGAUUUGUUAAAUUUGAGGAUGGCAGUUAUAUGGUCAUGGAAAGUUGUCAGCUAAAUCGUUUUGAUGGCUUCAGAACUAUUUCUGCUGUUUUUUUUUUAGACUUAUUUUUCCUGUCUUGAUAAUCCAUUAUUAUCUCACAAAAGCUGACCAGGAGUGUAAACUUUAAUCGAAAGCCAUUACUUCCUUUUCUCUAGUUUCAGUCCUUGUGUAGAUGUACUCAGAUUAUGAGAAUUUGUUGUUCAAUUGUGUUCGUGUUGGAGACUGGCACAUUUUUUAAGUCAGUACAGACAGCUACAGAUUUCCGCUAUGAAGGAAUCAUCUACUUUUGUCCUUUUGGUUGCAUCCUUUCAUUUUCUCACAUCUGCCUACACCCCUCCCACAUCAUGCACCUCCUUCUCUCACCUCGUCACUCUCUCUCUUUCCUUCUCUCUAAAGUAACUUCAUGUUCUUGCAUCGUAUGAUUUCACCUCAGAUGUAAAAUGUGUUUCACAGCUCCUCCACUGUGUCAGGAAUAGUCAAGCUGUAACUGUAGCCAGUUUUAUAAAUAGGGCCUGGCCAAAGUUCAGCAUGCAACACAGGGUCUGAAGACGCUUCUGAGUGCAUUUGGAGAGGGAGAGGACUGGAGUACUGUCUCAAGUGCACCAAGAGCAAUUUGAAUGUACAUUAAAUCAGAUGCACACUUUAAAUGGUUAUCCACAGCAACAAUUUUAUUUUGCACAGAUUUUCAAAGUAGGACAGUGCCCGCUCUACUAAAUCUGAACUUAUGUCCAUGAUAUGUCUUGUAUUUCAGUAGCUAAGCCAAUGUUUCCUGGAAACAAAAGUGUGUUUGGAUCCUAAGAAAGCAACACAUAUUGUGGAGUAAAGAGCAUACUGCUCUAACUUGUGCACUUUCAAUAACGGCAUUGUUAACAGGUUGUUUGUUGUCUAAAUCAUGGUAUGCUUGACCGUUCAGCUGUUUAGCAUCAACUGUUGAUCUGAGAUGCCAGAAAGCAGCUGUCAUAAAAAACAAUGCUUAAACUCUGUUAAUCAAAAAGCUGACUGGUUGUAGUGGCCCUGAGUCUUGAAGGAUACUGGUUAUAUAUAUAGGCAGCUCUCUCUCCUUAUAAGGCCUCUGGGAGAGGCAGGUGGGGGACGGCUGGAGACGGGUGGUGGUUUUGUUGGCCUGGUUCUUGGUUUAGGCUGACUCCCUGUGGAUUCAGGCUGACAACCGAAGUCGCUGCAAGGGAAACCUCAAGGGGUAAGAAAACUAAAAUUUACUUUUCUCACUUUCUUCGCAUUUUGAUCGACUUUCGUUUGAAACCUGAGUGAUAUCAGCGGGAGAAGGAGUGAAGAGAAGAGAGAGGCACAGACAAGACCCCGACCAGAGUGGUUUGUUCUGACUUGAAUCUUGAUGGGAUAUAUGGAUUAUAAAGAACGAAAAGCAAUGCAAUAGGAAUAAAUUAGUUAAGUCCUUUUUUUGCAUAAUGGCGGAGGGACAGCAGGGUUCACUAUGUUUAUGAGACUAUAAUUGGUUUAAAUGGGCCCCUACUGGAUGUUUAAAUUAGCUUUCAAGACACUUGGGAUUGUUGCUUCAGUAGACAGAUUGCUGUUGUGUUGAUUUGGGACUCUUAAUGUGUUGACUUAAUUAAGUGUUGAUUUAAUCUUUCAUUUUAAACUAAUAAAAUUACAAGGGAUAAUCGUCAUUAUUAUUAUUAUAACAUUACGGCAAGUGACUGUUUCCUGAAAGCAUCUGUUAAUGACCAAGAUGAAUAAUAUCAGAGGUUUUUUGUGGUUAUGUUUUAGACUUUAAGAGGUGUUUAGUUACAUACAGAGAGGCUCCAGUGUCAUUUGGCUGCCAUUUUUGCUGUUACAGUGUUGGCUGCACCAACAGGAGCAGAAGACAGCCGCUGUAGUGCAGAGCAGAGCUUGUUGAGGGCAGUGGAGUUAAGAAGCUUAUUGCUUUACUGUAUCACUUCCUUUGACUAUGAUUUUGUGCUUGUAAAUAAGCCUCAUUAACAUUCAGGGGCCAAGAGCUUCUUUGAAUUUGUGUCACAUUACUGUAUGUUGUUUGUCCUGCAAUCCGACUAAUCCUUAAGCCCAGUGAAGUGUGCUACCCUCAAACGUUUCAGACACAAAUGUGUCAUUUUGUAUAUUGUACUGCACAACCAUCUGAUACACAACAAGGAAUCCUUAUAUCCACUGCUAUUGGCCUUUUGGGUAAGAGGUCAAGGGUCAGGUCACUAUAGUGUAAUCCAUCUCACUGUUUGGCUGCUUGAUUGGCAGUUUGGGGGCAUCCGUUUAAGAGGACUUGUGGGGACCCUGGAUCUUUGGCGAGAGUUACAAAGAUGUGGAAACAGGAGAGUUACUGCCAGCGGAGUGAGUCUCAGGGGCCGACAGAGUGUAGUUGAGGGGCUUGAGUGGUUUAAGAUUUCCUUUGACCCUUAUUUAGUCACUGAGGACCGAGGUGAUGUAAGGCAAUUAUGUCUCUACGUCGCUAUGAUGCAAGACAAAGUCUGUAUUACCAUAAUGACCCAGCUAUGAAACAGGAGUUUCUUAUCUGCAGACAAUGGGAUUGACUUUCCUUUGAGGUUUAGUAAUUAAUAGAAUUGACCCAGUAUGCAACAUCAUAUUUUUGUUUACAAUACCAGCUAAAAAGAUAGAAUGGUAUGAUGUACAGACUUACAGUAAAAUCCACUCGCUUUGUGAGACAGGCAGCUUUCAGGGUAUAAACUUCAUUUUUUAACCCACAGAGAAAAUUAGUGUAUUUUCAAACUGUCCAGAUCCAAUUCCCCACAAAACAAUGGUAAUCUUUAAUGACUUUUGUAUUAAUGUAACAAAACAUUAUUGUUUUUAUCAUUAGCUGGCCACGCUGAGUGAAGGCUGAAGUCUUUGUUUAUGGUCUGCCAAACAGAGGCUGUAUUUACUAUCAGCUGACCUAUGAAGGUCAAAUUAGAAGCCAGUUCAGCUAGACACACCAGCACCGUCUGCUCACAGCACAAAUAAACUCCAUAUAAAACUGUUUUGAAAGGAUUCCCCAGCUGAGUCUGUCAUCAAUACAUCUCUGCUCUUUCUGAAUUUCAUCAGUACUUGAAUGUUUUAUUUACAAACCAGAUCAUGUUUACUUUGUUUAACAUGACUGUUCAAUUUCAGGACAACAAAACCACCAAAAUGUGUCCAUAUUAUUAUUUUGAUUAAAUUGUUGUCUGCACAAUAUCAAGUCUUGAUCUUCAAAAAGUCUUUCCCAAAUUUGUCUCAUACAAAGGGGUCAUUUUCUUAUCAGGGUGGUCUUAUAUAAGGGUCAUUACGGUACUGCAGGAUUUGAUAAGAGGUGUUACAUUGUCCUCUUUUUGGCUGUACUUUCAGUAAUUGUUCGAACACAUUCCUGGUCCAGCAAUAGUCCACAUUCAGUUCUUUUGUUUAUGUACAUGCACAUGUGUGUGUAUAUUUAAACCUUUAUGUGUGAACUUGUCAUUGACACUGACUUCUGUUUUUGUGCGUGUGUGUGAUUGUGUCACAAAGUUUGUGUGUCCAAAUUCCAGGAGGGCUUUUCUUUUUGCAGGGGGCAAGACAGUCAACACGUGUGUGUCUGCUAUUGUUAUGACACAUAGUACUGGACUCUUGAUGAAGAAGUAGACAGGACUGUUUCUUUUUUGAAUAAUGAUACCUCUCUCUUUCUUUAAAUUGGUGUCGCUGCACUUUGCCGUCCCUCAAUCAGACCUUCAUGGUUUCAGGCCAUUUGUUUUCCAUGUGUUUGUAUUACUGUGUUUAUUGUCCAACAUGUAAGUGAUGAUCAGCUGUACUCUGUUACCAUGUCAGUCUCUAUAUGUGUUUGUGUGUGUGUGUAUCUACAGUGUCAUCAUGUCAGAGUGGAUGAAACGUGGGACUUAUGACCAUGAAUACCACCACAAACAGAGCAGAUAUGUGGUUAAGGAGUACAGCAGGUAUAUGUCACACGGCAGUGCUGUGUUAGAAGCAGUGAGCUAACAGUAGAUUUGUAACAGUAGAUUACGCUUUGCUGUGCUAAACCUGCUUUAAGCUUAAUAGUGUACACAGUAUUAAAAACCAAAUCAAGGCUCUCAUAGUAACAGCUUAACAUCAAAAACGAACUAACCCAAGCCAGACUUGUACGUAGUUUUCAAUGAAAUGCCCUAUGCUCAUAUUUAGAAUCAAUGUACCCAGACAAAAUCCAGUCUCUGUCUGUGAAAACUCAGUGCAUUUAAAAUUUAAAUGCAGACUUAAACACUCGGCUGUGCUGUCUUUGACGAAUAAAAUAUGACACAUUCCAAAUUCUGCUUUUGGACUGAAUUGGAAUAAAAAUCAAACAAAAUGAAGAACAUUCAAGACAUCAAUCAGAGACAAACUGGUGGGUAUGAUAAAAACAUCGCUCCACCAUGGGAAAAAAUAAUAUCUUAGAGUGUUUGCAUGAUUGUUUUUGUGUGAGGAGGAGUACCUGCAGGUACUCUGGCUGCUAUGUGUAAUGUCUUAUGAGUCUUUCAUGUGAUGCUGAUCAUAACUUGCUUAUAAGCUGUUAACCAGGGUGCUGAUGAAAUAGACCUUUGUGACAUUAAGGCUACUUAGCAAGUUUAAUGAAGUUCUCAGUGACGUGUGCUUCAUUAUUUUAACUGAUGUGGUAGUAGAAAACCUGCUCACAUUAUUAGCUAAACUUUGUUAUGUUUAAUUUGCAGUGAGCAAUGGCUAAUGAGCUGAUCACACAUUAAUUAAUAUAUACGCACUUGGAUCUAUUUUCUACAAACUAAUAGGUCCAUAUAGAUUUACAUGAUCUAAAAGGGAUUAAUUUACGUGUGUAGUCAAGUUAUAAAGCACAUUGAGUCUGUUUUUCCCUGUAGGUUUACUCUCACUCUCUCAGUACCAAGAGUUUAGCCUGUCACCCACUUCACUAGUCUGCUUGAACCCACAAAUCCUUGUGUAGACUGUGUAAAUGGUUGUGUGACCCCAACCCGGCAUCCAGCAGUAACACCAAAACUAAAGCAUUGUUUUAACCAGGAUGGCUUUAUUUCCCUCCUUUAACAUGCAGCACAUUACUUCCCAUCCUCUCUAUCCUCCUACCUCAUUCUCAUCACAGCGGUCUUAAACCAACAGCUUUGCCUGAUGCUGCCAGCUCUCAGCUCUCAGGAUCGCCCUCACUCUCUGGACUGCAGGACACUCAUCUUUAUUUCCAGUGAUGGGAUGACUUCAAGCCUAAAGGCUUUAUGGUUGAACAGUGAUGAAAGACACAGACUCAGAGCUUUUCACUGCCAGCUGUGUCUCUCCUGCUGACUCUCUUCAACUCUCAGGCAACACUCUGUUAGCUAGCUCUCAGGCAGCCUUUUAUACUGUAGGUUGGAUUUUCUUCAGUGAAAUAGUCAGCUGAAUAUAAAAUUUGGCCAGCCAAACACCAAAAAGGAAAAAAGAUGCUUUGUCUAGUAAAUGUCAGUGUUUCUUUGGAGGGACUGAAAAGCCAGAUCAUUAAGCUAAUGAACCUGCAGCUCGAGGAAGAUGUAAUUAAUCCUGUGAGAAGCAAAUCACAGAUAUUAAACAGUAAGACAUUCACUUGUGAUGCUCAAGCCUCUCCAAUGUCAGCCGUAUAGACUCUUGAAUGGCUGUUGUCUCUUUCCCUUUGACAGUGAGGUCAGAGUGAGGCAAAGUGCUUGGCAAGGCCUGACUAAAUCAAGGAGACUUUAUUCUCCACCCCUCUAUCUCUUAUUGCUAAUGGCAGCGUUUUGUUGGAUUUCACUGGAGCUGUUGUAGGCACUGGAAUCGCACAAGUAAGUCACAAGAAAAGCACACGAAAUUGGCAAUGAUCAACAAGAAGCAAAAAACAAGAGCACUCCAGCAGAGUCGGCCCAUGUACAACAUGAGAUGAGGGAAUAACCUGGCACUGGAGAGGCAUCUGAGUAGAGUUUAAGAGCUGCUGGUGAUUGCAGGAAUUAGGUGAAGGUGUAAGUGUGCAGGGAGAGCCAAUGUAGAGAGAGAGACGCCCAAUCUCUGAAGAGAAAAACACACACUCCACACAACAAAACAGUCCAGGAAAUUACCCAAGUAAAAAGUAAAAAUGUUGUAAUAUUUUGACCUCAUAUAUCUUCUCAGCUCAGUAGUAACAGUGCUGUCAUGGAUGCUUGGGUGCUGGUUGGGGUCAUACUGAACAUGUUACAGCAAACAUUACACUGGAUUGGUGGAUUCAGUCCUGAUAGUUUACCGUUAGUUUUUAGUCUGAGUGCAGUGCUUUGCAGAUUAAAGUAGUGAUGCACAGUCUGACUUCUCUGAAUCUGAUACUAUCACCUGCUAAACCAAAUGGAAAUUCAGUCCUAGUGUUUUCUAAAUAUGCUGUAUAGCUCUUUGUGUAGAGGAGGCCGGUUUUAUUGUAAUGUUGGAAAACAACUCCACACCUUCCUUGAACAUUAUGUUCCUAACUUUGUUAAACAGAAAGUAACAUAUACAUAUAUAGACAAAAACAUACAAAGUUGUAAAUUAUUAUUUUAAUUUUAAGAUCCUGGAUCAGAAACUUGGUUGAAGGGGCUCCGAUGGUAUGGAGGACCAUCACCUCCAUGUAUGGAAGCCACAGUCUGCGUCACAACGGUCGCUUUUUCCACUCCCUACUUCAACUCUCUACUACAUGCCUUCCCCCAUUCUAUUCUCCCCACAUUUUCUGUUUCUCCUCAGAUGUCCUGUCUAAUAAAGGCAAAAAUACCCCCAAAAAUAACUCAAAGAAACUUGGUUAAAAAGAAUAUAUAAGAAGUGACUGGUGUAACUGGCAUACUGGCAUACUGGCAUAACAAGCAAGACAUACAUCCAAACACCUGAUACGUGAGCUCUAAACAUGAAGUACUCAAUGGAGCACGAUGUACUUCAUGCAUAUUUAAACAGACACAGGACUGACUCCUUUCUCUCUAUACCUACUUUGUGAUCUGAUACCGGACUUUGAUCGGUGCACCCAGAAAGAAAAAUGAGCUGGCUUGUGAGGCUUAAUAGUGGCAUCUGUCGCUGCUCAUAGAUCUAUGGCUGUAAUAGGUUGAAUAUUAAUUCAGUUCGCUUUCAUUCAUUUAUCAAUGUUCCAUUCACUAAAAACCUUUGCUACUUACUUUAAAUGUAUUUAAUUUCAUAGUGAUGCAUGCAUUAAUCUUUUUAACAAAGAUAAUACAGUUUUACAAAAUUAACUUUUAAAGUAGUCUAAUGUUUAAAACCACAUAAGAAUUCUCACACAACUCCCAGAGUGCGUGUGAGAAAGUCUUUGUUUUCCUGAAUCUGUUAGUUGACCUGACUCAAUGUUUGUCUUCAGCUCUGAGUCGCGGGAGGAAAGAUAUGAGCACAAAACACGAGUUCACAUCCAGCAGAUGGUAAGAAUCUGUGAACACCUUUCCUUACCCAGACUUAGGACGCUGAGAAAAAGUGUGUGUAAUCAUGUCUACCUGAGCUUAUGCUUUACAGUUAUUUGAAAGAGGAGUUUGCAGGUAUGAACAGGAAUGUUAUUGAUGUUUAUUAUUCAUUAAUAUUUUUUUUCCUGUCUAGAUUGCGGCGAAGAUGUUGGACAAAUAUGUGCGUGAGGAGCCCAUGAUCAGGGGACCAAAGUUCCUAACUAGACUCAGAUCCCACGUCGUGUUUGAGCACACUCCUGUUAAAAUCUUCUGCACUGUUGAUGGCUUCCCCACACCUGUGGUAAAAUGGUCAGUAAAAACUUGAAACUUCUUUGCAAACUAUCAUGAUGUACUGAUUUAAAAAAAUAAAUUAAUAAGUAGUUGCUGGUAAAAUUAUAGCUCCAUAUGUUUUCUACCACUGAACUGUAGUGUUUCUGCUCCAGGUACAGAGAUGAUGUGAUCCUGGAUCUGUCUUCUGCACAUUGCCUGGUGCAGUCCAAAGGUGGAAUCCACACUCUGGAGAUCCCAAGGUACAGCAUGUUAAAAGAAAUAAGACUUUAAGAUUGUAUAAAGAAAUGCCGUGUGGAGUUGUGGAAAACAAUCACUAAGGUUUACGUCUCAUGACUGUAUUCAAACCAGAAACUCUUCACUGACAUCUUUCUUUAGGUCUUUUCUGAACUGCUGCCAGCAGGUAAUCAGAGACAUUUAUAGCUUUCUGCCAUUAUAAGUGGAUAUACAAAAACUUAGUGUCAGUGCACAUACAACCUUGAUAAUCUUUGUGUAGUUAUGAUUUUACAGUUGAAAAAUAAAAUGAGUUGAAAUUACAAUUUUGCAUAGAAGAGACUUAAACUAACUCUCAGAAAGGCCUUGAAAAUAAUCAUGUCUGCCCUCCUGUCACAUCUCAAGUGAACAAUUGAUCAGAAUUCAGAAUUUGAAAACAAAAAUGUCAGAAUGUCAUAACCUGUCAAUAUCAUGUCAUGGGGUGCUCAAACAGCCCAACCUAUGGAGGCUGUAGUUUUUGUUGAUGGUUCGAUUCCUAGCCACGACUCUUUGCUGCAUGUCUUCCUUUGCUCCCCGCUCUCCAUAUUCCCUGUCUCUCCUCAGCUGUCCUGUCUAGUUAAGGCUAAAAUGCCCCCAAAAGAAAAAAGACUCAAGUCUCGAACAUCCUGACCUGAAUUCAUCCUGUUUUCAACCAAAUUUCAGCGCUUACAUUUUUGUAGACAGCAGAAAAAAUUAAUUCAGUGCAAUAUACCCAGAUGUAAUAAUGGUAUUGCAGCAAUAGAAGAAUUUAAAAGAAGACAAGCUCAUUUAAACGCUGUACUUGUGUUAGAUUUAGUUUAAUUUAUGUCUUACUGGUACAGCUGGUUAUUCAUUACACUUGAGCCCCCUGGUAGCUGAGCAUCCAUCCCAAGACUGAGUUUAAUCAUCUGAUUGUCUUACUGGCCGGUCCCCUCAGGAUCCUCACAGACAUUCCAACUGGAGUCAUUACGUCAGAAUCAGCUGACUGACUGUAGGGUUACUGGCUCUGGGGAAGGGAGGAGGUAGGAGGGGAGAAGGGAGCACAUCCAGUCUUAGGAAGCUCAGCUGUUCGUGUGCUGACCUCGGUGCUACCUGAUACUCCUGGAUUCUUAAAGUCAUCAGUCUCUGCUGGGAUCCAGUCACCUUUAGCUCCAUCUGUCUGUUACUUACACACAGAUCAGCCCGUUGACUGUACUGCUUGUAGAAAAAUACUCUUGAUUUGCGGUCAAGAAAAAAUAAAUGAGUAGAUGACCAUCUGAAAUGAAUGCUUUGUAUUUUAAGAGCAAAAACUGUCAGGAAUAGAUUCAAAGAAAAGCUUGGUAAGUAUUCAGGUUUAAAAAUAGGCUGACAGCAGGUCUUAGAGGAAAAAUCUCUUUUGAAUUUCAAAUUACCAGCAGCUUGUCAUAUUUUUAUAACGGGCUCAUGACUGAGAGAGAAACUGCAGAAUCACAACCCCCAACCCCUGCUGCAUCUUAGUCCUAAAUCCUUAAACCAUGGCUGACUGUUCCCCCCAUUUAACCCCCCCCCCCCCCCCACACACACACACACACACACACACACACACACACACACGUACACACAAAACCAUGCACACAGCUGCAGGAUUUACUGUACGGUUUAAAAAUUUGAAAUUCAUUUGCAGCUUUCUCUCAGCUCCCUGCUAAAACUCUCUGAAUUCUCCUCCUUUAAUACAGUCAAAGCUAUCCACUGAUGCCUACACCAGCCUACACAGUAUGCACAGGCUGAAAUUCUUCACCUAAUAUGACUAACUUGUGUUAUAUGAGGUCUCGGAAGAGUCAGGGAGAGGGGCAUCAGGGUGAAAAUAAUACAGUAAGGGAUAAAAAAAAUACUGCAUAAAACAUAAAGUAUAAUGAUAUAUGACACACUUAGACAAGAGAGAGGGCGGACCUGAAAUUAUAACAUGCAAUGGCAGCAUGAAAAAUGUAGGCUUUUAACUCUGGAGAAGCCCCCAUGUGCCUCCUUGUGUUUUGUGUCUGUAUCUCUCCAACAUGCACCUUUGCCCAUAAAUAUAGUUGUAUGUCUCAGAGCUGUCUGAGGAUAAAACUGCCUGGAUCAGAAACUUCUUGGUUUGAUUUCUGAGGGCUCAUUAAGCUUGUCAAAUGUCUGCAGACAUACAGCUGUAGAGGGAAUACAAUCAGCAAAAUCACGUUCAUAGAUAAUUUGCAGCAAACAUGCUUCUUCAUCACUUUCUACAUCAUGCAGAAUCAGAUUUUACUGAAAUAUGAACUUUUCUGGGAAAUUUCUUUAAAUCAAACCAAUUCAGACACAAAAAUAAUUCAAGUCAAUUCAAAAAGAAAACAAGAUUAUGGGACAGCUUUGUGCUGGUUUCCAAGAGAAGCUUCUAAUUCCAAGUCUGCAUCACUUUAUCCUUCCAAGUAUGUCGAGUGGAUCAGACUGGGCAGAUAUUUUUGAUGGAGGAGGGCUGUGAUAUUAUACCAAUGAAUACUUGUGACAACUGUUGAAUGUGAACAUUUUUAUUCACCUAAUAAAAAUAAAAAGCCUUACCUACUUUAUUAGCUGCUGUAAAUUCUGUCAAAGCAGAUCCUUGGAGGUACAACAUUUGUCUGACUUCUACUUAUUUGUUACUGAUUGUCAAAAUGUCAGCCGAUAAACAUCAACUGUCCCGUUGAUAGUUAACUUACAAAUGAACUUUAAAUCGUGUUUUCAUAGAUGCUCGACUGACGAUACCGCCCAGUACACUGCUGUAGCUUUUAACAUCCAUGGACAGGCAUCCAGUCAGGCCUCCAUCAUCGUCAAGAGUAAGUCUGCCUCUCCUCUUGUGUUCAUUGUUGAAGUGUUGAUAGGAAAGGUGAUGCAUUCAAGAAAGAUUUAAAGCCCCUGUGGGGAACUUUCUGUCUGUGUUGCCUCUGGCACCCCCAGUGGAUGAAGUGGUAAUACUCACAUUGUUGAUGACUUGAAUUGACUUUUGAGAAACAGUGUUAAAUUAUUAACGUUUAUCACCAGUUGUUAAAUACUGUUUUGGGUAAAUAGACAAAAUCAGUUUCUUCAGCAUAUCUAUCUCCUUUAAACCCUGUUUAUGUCCACUUUUAUGGUAUUUUGCUUCUGGAGGUAAUUUCCGCUUGGGUCUGUAAACUUAGAGACAAUUCGUAAUACACAGUAAGUUUUUAAUCCACCAUGAAACCUCAGUUUUAAUGGGUUUCUAGCAUUUUAAAGCACUUAAAGCAUUCCUAUUUCUGGAUACACUGCUCUUUCAAGCAGUGGGUUUCUAACUCCCUUUUUAACAUGGUAGUGAUUGUUUGGUGUCCUACACACUUAAUAUUUUAUUACAUUUUCUAAUCUACUCAGAUCUAUGAAUACACAUGAUCAUGUCACAACAUUUUAUUACAUUUGUAUCCCUGACUAUUUCUGCCUGAGGCUCUAAGGGUUAGCUUUGUUUUUCUUUUUUUUUAAACUGUACAGGGUUCAAGCAGGAGGAGGAGAGUUGCUCCUAUGCUUGGCUGCCUUUUGAAGGUAAUCAUCUGCAUGACCUUCAUCUGAUAUGACACGAUCCGUCCUCUAUUCCAAAUACCCCUCUCAAUUUUUGUUUUAUUUUUCCCUUUCUUAACAAUCUUUCAGCUGCCAUGCUUCCCCAGAUCCAUUACACCAAAAUCAACAUCACUUUCCUGGAGAAGUUUGGUCCUGUGUUUGAAUCUGAGGGAGGAUCUGCCACUUUGACUGCCUCCAUGACACUCAGCCCCAACCUGGCCAACCUGCAGCCUGAAGCACAGUGGUAUAGAGACGGUAAUUGCUAUAAAGUAGAAUUUUAUCACAGUGUAAUUACACUAUAAUUUCUGGUAAUGCAUACUGCUGUCUGGCUGUCAUGGGGACAUAUAGCCAGAGGCACAGCAGCAGAAAAAUGAGAGUGUGUUUUGAACACUAUUUUUAUUGCUUAUUAAUUAAAGUGAGAUGAGUUAAAUAGACCCAAGUGAUACAAGCCCAAAUUCAUGACUGCUUUAAUAUGGUGUGUGUGCAUUGAAAGGUCUUGAGGUUUAAAGACAAAUGGUAAGGUUAACCUUCUACAUUUAGUAUGCAGUUAGAUCUCAUGUAUAUCAUAGAAGACGUGUUUAUUUUGGCAGUAAUUUGGAACAAAGGAUCAGAGGAGCUGUGCAGGAAGUAACGCUGAAUUCAGGAUCCUGUCUCAUUCGCAGACACUCGUCUGUUUGACUCUAAAUGGGUGAAGAUUGAAACUGGCCGAGGAGUCACCACCUUGACUCUUCCUAACCUCUACAAAGACGAUGAAGGCCUCUACACACUGCGCAUGGUCACCAAAGGAGGCACUGCAGAGCACAGUGCAUUUGUUUCUGUUGCAGGUCAGGCGUGCAGACUCAAGACGAGUUAAUAACCCAGAAAUAAAACCAAGUUUAUGAUGUUUAAGAUUGAAAGAUAACCAAUCACUGAUUUGUUGUAACGCAUGCAUUUUUUUAAGGUUUGAUACCUUCCUCUAUUUAUUAAUUCAUUUGUAUUUAUAUUGUGAUCAACAAAAUAUCCCUGUGUCACUUCUUGUGUAGACGGUCCUCCCCCAGUCCCCCUCGCACCAGGUGCUCCCAUGGACAUCAAGAUCCAUGAUGCCAAUAGAGACUAUGUGAUUGUGUCAUGGAAACCCCCAAACACCACCACUGAGGGACCAAUCCUGGGAUACUUUGUGGACAAGUAGGGGUUUCAGAUACAAACAGCAUACAUAGAUAAAACUGAGAAACAGAAAGACAUACUGAUUCUGUAAGUCACUUGAUAGAUUCAAGUACAAACACAGAGGAGAGUGUAUGUUGAAGCAGAAAAACAUAGCUUUCUCACUACACUCAACAAUUUCUAUAGAUCCUGAGUCAAGUGACAGAGGUUACCUUACCCAUAGGAUACUUAAAGAGUACUAUUUAUAGUACAUCAGAGUACCUGAGAUUUUUAGCUUGGACUUUUUUUUACAAAAAACUUUGAAAAAUAACCGUCAUUUUUUUGGUCCUCAAAUCUGCCUAUUUGUCCCUCAGCCUCAAAAAAACACCUGAUAACCACAAAACUGUAUUUCUUUCUUGACCCAAUGCAACACUCAUCUUUUUCUUUAAGCUAAAAUAUACACUAUGAUGACUGUCAAUGUAUCUCACACAAUUUAACAAUACAACAUUAAAGCUGCUUGGCCUGGUUUGUAAUGUUUCUUUAAGUUAAACACAGCUAGCUUUAUUAAUCUAUUUGGUUGUGAUUUCUUUGCAUAAAUUUACCAAUUGGUUAAUUGGAGUUUCAACAUUUAAAUUUAAGAGUCUUGUGUAGGUUGUGCAGAGGCUGUAGCAAAUGAAAGCUAAAUAUGAGAAAGCAAACUAAGUUUUGGGUGACAGUGUAUAAUCUUUCCUGUUUUUCCAUGGCUUUUUGAAUUUGCCAGAAACCAGUUUCUUUGUUCACCGUUUUUCUUUGUUUUCAGGUGUGAAGUUGGAACCGAAAACUGGACUCAGUGCAAUGAUCACCCCAUUAAGAUCUGUAAAUACCCCGUGGCUGGGCUGUUUGAAGGACACUCUUACUACUUCAGAGUCAGAGCUGUCAACUCCAAAGGAAUCAGCAAACCCUCCCGCAUGUCCGAGCCCAUCGCUGCUCUGGACCCCACUGAGUUUGAGAGGCUCCAUAGUGAGUUGAACUGGAUUACUGGAUUAGAGAAACUUCACCCUGCUUUUUAUAUUACAUCAUUUCAUACAAGACUAACAUCAUACACGACCUGAAGAAGUGAAGUGUCUAAAGGUUUCUCAUACAGUUCAGUUGCCAUAUGAUUGAAAAUAACCCUCUAUUUUUUCAUCCUGUAGCCAAAAAACUGGGAGGAAAACUAAGUGUUGUGUCCUACCAUGAUGAAGUGGAAGGUAAGAUCUCAAACCAUGAACAUAUCUACUUCAUCCCAUGAUAUCUAUAACAUCCUUACUGUUGGUGUUACUCAGUUAGAUGCGUAUGAGCACUUAAUCACCUGUCUGUGUUUGUGUUUAGCCGAGGGAAAGCCUCCAGGUGCUCCAUCAGGAGUACACUCUUCAGAAACAGACAGGACAUAUGUGGUUCUGAGCUGGAAAGCCCCUGCAUAUUCCAGCAAAGCUCCCAUGUGGUACUACAUCGAGAAGGUAAUUACAAAAGUUAACACCGGUCCUGCUUAAACUCAUUACACUAUGAGAGGGUGAAAACUCAAAAAAGUGUUUAAAAGAUUUCUGUUUUCUGAUUUCUGACAAAAGUUAGAACUACUGUUUUAGGUUUGGGGACAUAUUUGUGUUUUUAAAAAUGGCUGACAGACCCAAGAGGAAACAUCUCCUUUAAUAACAAAUUAACAGCAGCUUGUUUGAGUUAAGAGAGCCUCAUGAAUGUGAUAGAAACUGAAAAGUCAGUCCUAAAUCCUGACUUCAUGUCACUAUCUGCACAUGCAGCUUAACACCAGUGUGCAUGAAAUACUCUUUUCUACAGUUUUCAACAGUUUUUUAACACACUGACAACAGGCAAAAUACAAUUUUGACCAUAUUAUUGAUACACAAGAUGAAGUACAGUGGAGGAUUCUUGCUGAAAUGUUUUUGUGACCUGACUAAAACAAACUGAAUAUCAGCAGCAACUGUAGGUUAAAUUUUUGCACAACAUAUCGUGCAUGGAUGUGGGGUAACAUCUCUCUUCUCUCACAGACUAUGGUAGGCAGUGGUGCAUGGCAGCGUGUAAACACUCAGGUCCCCAUCCAAUCCCCCCGUUACGGUGUCUUUGACCUGACUGAGGGCAAAGAGUAUCAGUUCAGAGUUUUGUCUGCCAACAUCCAUGGAGUGAGUGAGCCGUCAGAGCCCACCAGUGUUAUUGAAACUCCAGAGAUCAAAGGUCAGUUUUUAUAUUAUUGUUGUUUCAUUUUUUUAGUGAAUAAAGGGUGAAAAUCCACAUUGAAGUUGCUGUUGUGUUUGUGAUGUAUAUGUUGUGUAAUGUUUAUGUUUCGUAAAUGCACUGUUACCAUUAAAUUCCUGUUAUUUUCACUGAAUCCAGGUGUGCCAUCCGCUCCUGGUCAGGUUGUUGCUACCAGGGAAACUGACACCUCUGUCCUCAUCCAGUGGGCUCCUCCAAAGGAACCCAACAAGCUGAUUGGCUAUUACAUCGAUCAGUGUGUGAAGGGAUCCGGAGACUGGAUCUCAGCCAAUCACAAACCACACAAGAGCACCAAGUAUGUUUUUAAAGUGAAUAAAAACAUUUGGUACUUUCAUGGUUUUGACAUAAAAAAGAGAAUUUUCUAUGCUUGUUUUUUUUUUCUUUUUUUUUUUUUAAAUAAAGAUAGAAUAUGUACUGAGAUUCAGUAUCAUGUUUAUAGAGAUAAAUGAUUGAUUAUGUGUCUGCAGGUUUGUGGUCAGCGGUCUGAAAACAGGAGAAACCUACAUGUUCCGUGUUCAGGCUAUCAAUGAGAUUGGUCUCAGUGAGGAAUCCCAGGAGUCUGCACCUCUGACUGUUAAAGCUGCUCUGAGUCAGUGUUGGCACCUUUUGGUUUUAACUACUGAUGGCUAUGUUGAUAAAUGAGUUUUCUGCCUUUUUAAUAUACUGUGCAAUCCUGAUGGCUAUGGAGUCCUGUAGUUGUAAUUUCAAGUAUUAAAAUGCAGUGCUGCCUUUUUAGCCACCCCCUCUUCUCCUUAUGAUGUUGCUCUGCUGAGCUGUGACGGGCAUUCAAUGGUUCUGAACUGGAAGAAGCCUCUUGUGUCUGGAGGAGCACCCAUCAAGGAGUAUUAUGUGGACAAAAGACGCAGUGGAACAACCUUGUGGAGGGAGAUUAAUAUCCCACCCCUAACAGAAAGACUGUACAAGGUACAAUCACUGAUAUGGCUUUAACUUUCCACUGGAUUUCCACACCAUUAACAUUUCUGGCACCAUUUCUUUGUCCUCAGUGAGUUUCUGUUCUCCUGGAAAGUUACUGAGGUAGUUGGUUAAAGAUACCACUGAAUGUCAAGUUAAUAACAGAGAUGACAUGUCACCGACAGGUGGAGGGACUGACAGAGGGAGCAGUCUACCAGUUCCAGGUCUAUGCAGCCAACCUUGCUGGCCUUGGACCAGCCUCCAAACACUCAGCUGACUUCACUUGUGAGGCCUGGAACAUGCCCGAGCCUGGUCAGUAAAUCUUGUUGUAAAAAUCCUUUGAUCAUCGUCACUGACAAACGUAAUCCUUUGAUGCAUGAGUGACUAGACCCUCCACCCUCCUAUAAGUGGGUCAGAAAUAACCUGUAUUAGAGUUCAUGUGUUUUAUGCCAUUUUUGACCAACAAUAAUAGUUAGCAUUAUAUUUUGCAUUAUAACUCCACAAUGGGGAAAUAUGUUUGAAAUGAUCAAGCUUAUUGAGAAAUUGCUGGAAUGUGAAAUGUUAGUGGCUCUUUGUUGCAAAGAUAUUGCAGGACAAAAACCUCACAGGGUCAUUUUUGACCCAGUUGAACAUGUAAGCGUUAAAACUACUAAUCAAGACACCUCUCCACCUCAACAGUCACCGUACUUCUGUCUUCUGAGUGUUACAUGUAGGAUGGAGUGGAUGUUUACGCUGACAUUUCCGUGUAUAAAAAUAUAAACAUCCUCCUGUUUUCUUCUCCACCUUCUAGGCCCUGCCUAUGACCUGACUUGCUGUGAAGUGAGAGAUAGUUCAAUGGUGGUUGAGUGGAAGAAACCUGUCUAUACUGGUUCUGGAGAAAUCACAGGCUAUCAUGUGGAGUAUGCCAAGACAGGCUCUUCUGAUUGGACCACAGCGAAUGAGAAAGCUGUCAGUCAACGCUUUUGCAAGGUGAGAUCAUUUUUGUUAUGUUUAUGGCUGCAAAGGUUUGUUUUUGAUAAGUAAUCUAGUGUAAUGCAAUGUUAUGUAACUUUUACUUAGACCCGAAUGUUCAGUCAUUAACCCAUUUCCACUGACAUUAUAUGUGCUCUCUUUUAAAGCAAAAUUGAAAAAAAAAAGUACUGGUUUAUUAUAAAUAAAAGGCUCAUUUUAAAAUUGACAGCAUAGCUUAUUGAGUUGUCCCACACCUUCUUUUGUGCCACAUAUUAUAAUACAGUAUCUGUGACACAAGAUUAAUUCUGUGUGUCUUUCUAACUACAACAGUCAGAGUUGGUUUGUAAUCCCUGGUGAAAAACAAUGUCUGCAGCAUCCUUAGUAAAGAUUAUUCGUUCGACCUGGAGGUAACCUUUUACAGGGUCCUGUUGUCUCACUUUGGCCAAAAGUGAUUGCCAAGAAAUAUCUCAUACCGUUCUUAAUGUGAAAGACAACAUGACUGAGACUCCAGAGUCUGUUCCCCAUUCUGUUGGAACAUAAGUGAAGAUUAAAAGAGAAUACUUAUGUAUAAGUCUGAUCAUAGUUUUUCCUUUUAUGAACUCCAUGCCAUAAUGAUUUUUAUUUUUUAAUAGCUUAACUCUUAGAAAUACUCCUUGAGGGAAACUUGUUGCUGUUGUUAGUGUCUGCACUCCUGGAAAAACACAAACACAUGGUAAAUUGUGCUCCUGAUCUGUAAAGUGCGUGAUUUGUCAGCUCCUCUUCUAUUCUGACAACUCCUCUUCAUGUUUUUCUCAUUAAAGAUUUAUAUUGGUUCCUGCUCAUCAUAAUAGUGUUUACACACAUGAAAACAUUAAGAUGUAGCUUUGGUGUUUUAUUCUUUUGAAUGUGCAAUGCAAUUAUGCACUAACUGGGCGAUGCUGACAUCUAGUGGUUAAAGUUAACACUUCACGGUUAUGAUUGAUGCGUCGUUGUGGUAAAAGUAACAAUGACAAUGGUGCUGCAGUAGAAAACAGAAGUCAUUGUCCUCAGGCUGUCAAAAACACUGUUUUGAUGAUAAUGUGCUUCCUAGGUGACAGGUCUGGAGGCAGGCUCAAGCUACGUGUUAAGAGUGCGUGCUGUAAAUGCUGCAGGACUGGGCAUGGCCUCUAUGCCCUCUGACCCGGUGACUGCCAAGGCUGUGGAAGGUAAUAUUUUUUCAGAUUCAAAAGGACAGUGUUGCUUUUUGUCAUCUUUACUUCAGAAAAAGAGGCCAUUAAAGUGCACUCCUGUUUAAAUAAAGUGUUGUGGAUGAUGGACAAAGUACAAAAGUGCUAAAAGAUACUGACAGAUCCUCCUUGAAGUAAAAGAACAACCCUGUGUGUGUUUGUCUUUGUGUACUGAAGGCUCCCAGGAAGUGUCUUGUGGUGUGGAUGAGAAGACUGGAGACAUUGUUCUGACAUUUGAGUCCUGCCAAUUGAAUGAGGGCUCCAAGUUUGUCUGGAAGAAAGAUUACAAAGAAAUCACUGAUUUCUCCAAAGGAGUUGAAAUAAAGACAGAAGGCAGCCAGUAAGACCACAGACACUAAAAUGAUUGUUAAUGUACUUUUAAGUCUUUCAAGAAGUGCACACUUAUCUCACUGUCUAUGUCCUUGUGUGCCCCCUCACUGUAGUUCUAAGCUGAUCUUCAAGAAUGCAGAGAAAGAAGACUUUGGGACAUACUCUGUUUCUGUCACUAACACACAUGGAGUGUCUUCCAGCUAUACAAUCACUUCUGAAGGUAGGAUUUACAAACCAACCCGACUCUGGCUUUAUGAAUGUACUGAAGUGAACUAAGAUAGUCUCUAAUCUGUGAAUCAUUGUGAUUGACUCUGUUGAUUUUCAUAUUUUUAGAGAACCCUGCAUUUCAUUGAAGUUUAUCAAACCUUGUUUUCCUCAGUCUAUUGAAAUAGAUCAUGUCAGCAUCACUCAGGUGUGGAUGCUUCCACAGCUUCAGCUGUGGAGGCAGCAAAAUGUGGAGAGCAACUGAGUCUAAGAGAAAUUUCUCAAUAAAAAAGUGUCAUACCAUCUCUUUAUACCCUGCAUAAUAUUGUAUUGUAGCAUAUAUUGUAUCAUAUUAUAUCAUAUUGUAACUUAUCGUUUAAUAAAACGUGUAGGUAUAAUAUUUCACAAAUCAAAAUAAGCCUAUAAAUUAAAGCACUCAAGAAUGUAAAACAAUAUCUAAAUACAAGUCAUAUUUUCCACACCUGUAUGCUGGUGACUCAACAGGGACAGAGUGUAACUCUUUUAACAUCAGCGUUCACUCUCCUUUGCUUCCCUGUUGUUCAUCUGGCCUUUCAUUGAAAGAGUAAAAAGACUUUCUGCACUAAAAGAUGCUCUUUGAACUCGUAUCUAACAAAAACAUUUUUGACUUAUUUGUUGUCAUGAUUUGUCUACCUGAAUGUAAAAGCCUCCCUGAGCUCAACAAUGUUUUGAGUGUGACGAGACAUUACUGCAGUCAUGGCCUGGGCAUUUUUGUGACAUAUCAAAUAUGAGCAUUUCCUCAAAUUCACGCUGUGUUGGAACAAAUGGUUCACCAUAUUGGACAUACUUCCUCCUUUGCUGUGUCAUUGUCUUUUUGAGUGAAAUUUAGCCAAACUUCCAACCCUUUGCUGGGGUCUGCCAUGAUACUCCUGUCACAAUCGUGUUUACGCACUGCAUCAUGACUGAUACAAAGUUAUACCAACACAGCAGGUCCUGGGAUAGAAAUUAUAUUUUAUGCACAUGGCAAAAUUCUCACUAAAUAUUAAGUUUAUGCCUUGGCCGGAACCAAAAAGCCUGGCUUAAAUUCCUGUGUCUUAUUGAAUCCACAGAUCUUUGAAAUAUUGUAUCGAAUCGUAUUGUAUCGUAUCGUAUCGUAUCGUAUCGUAUCGUAUCGUAUCGUAUCGUAUCGUAUCGUAUUGUAUCACAUUGCAUCAUAUCAUAUCGGAAUGUGUCCGGUCCUGUCCUAUCCUAUCCUAUUAUUUCGUGCUGUGCAGUGCAGUGUGGUGUGGUAGUGUGCGUUGCAUUGUGUUGCGGUGCGGUGCUCAGAAAAUUAAAACAACUUAAAAAAAAAACGAGGCAGUCUCUUGGUUAAAAUUUGAUGACAGCAGCGAGACUCUGCUGAAAAACAUACUUUUAUUCACUUUGAGCAACAGUAUCUGUUUCAUUACACAUCUGAUGAAUACAAGCACAGCACAUUGCUCACAUCAUUUCUCCAAGCUUUAGGCUGUGUGUAUGAAUGUGUGUAUUUUAAAGCCUCGUUGACAUGGCAAAUGGCUUUCUGUCAGAGGGUUACACAAGACUUUUCCUGCUAUUGCACCACUCGGCUACAAGGCAUUAAUAUGUUAUUCAGAGUGACUGUCACUGAUUGCUUACUAUUUGACCGAAAGUUUUUCAGUCUAACUUUGAGAGAAAUUAUAAACUUACAGGAUAAAGUGCUUCAAUUAUUUCACUUUCAAAGUGCUUAGGAAAGCCCAGCCAAUAGAAAUGUCAUCUUAAAAAGCAGCUUGUCAUUGGAACUCCUAUAUAUGGACCUUUGGUUCUGUUUUUAAGGCUUUACAACAGUCAUAAUGUCGUCUUUCUUAUGUGUGUCAGUCUUGAAGUAUUGAGAAGUUUGUUUCUCUCCCAUCAACACAGCUAUGGGUCUGACAUCUACAACAUGUUAUUGAAGUACUCCACCAUAGCUGAUGAAAAAAUGCCAUCUAUGUUCAAAGUGGAAAAUUCAUUUUAAUGGCGUAUUUGUGCCCAUGGCUGCAUGAAAUGAAUAACUUCUCCCUUUUUGUUACAGAGUUGGCGAAGAUGCUAGCACUGAGCUAUGAUAUCAGACACCCAAGUAGGUACCUCUGGCUGACUCUUUCCAUCUCUCAUAAUCUCUCUCUUUGUCCCUUUUAAUCUCUCUUCUCUUGUACUUUUCUCUGCUGCCUCUUUAAUCUGUCUCACCCACUCUCUCCAUUUCUCGCUUUCUCCUUUUUACGCCUCAUUUUGCUUUGUUCUGACUAGCUUUGAACCCUUCAGAUUUCUUUCUUCUUUUAGACGCACAUUUCUCUUUUUAUUUGAUCCAAAAAAGGACUUACCUGCUUUUGCAUCACCUGCCUAACCAAUAUUCAUGUCUCCUGUUCGUUUGCCUCCUCACCUCUCCACGUCUCACCUCCAGUCAUACCCCUGAAAUCGGAGCUGGCCUAUAAGAUUUUGGAGAGAGGCAGAAUGAGGUUCUGGCUUCAGGCUGAAGAGAUUUCUCCCAAAGUCACCUACAAAUUCUUUGCCAACAACAGGGAACUGUCUGGAGCUGAUGUAAGAUACGCCGUAGUUUAAAGCGUAGACAUGAAGAGAAGUGGAAAAAAAAGAUUCCCAGGCUUGAAGCAGAAAUAAUUGUCUGCCUGCCCUCCAUUUUUACUGUUCUUGUUCCAGUAAGCUGCAUGGUGUAAUAUUAAAUCCAUAAUCACAGUAAGAAAAUAUUCAUAUUCAUGAGGCUUUGCUUUGGCUGUGUUAUGGAAUUUUUACAGCAUUUAACUCUAUUUUUCUGCAGCCAAACAAGAUGGGCCAUGAUGUCGCUACAGGUAUCAUUGAGUUCAUCAUGGACCAUUUCACCGAGGAGAAUGAGGGAACAUUUACCUGCCAGAUCACAGACGGAGGAGGCAAAGGACAGAGCUCACUGGUUCUGAUUGGAGAUGGUAAGGGACGCCAGGUUGAAAUUCACACUAUCAUUAUCUCCAAUGUCUCACAUUCAAACCCUGCUGGAAAUGGCUAAAAUCUGUCCCACUGAGACGGGAGAGCGAUUAAGAGCGAAAAUGUUUAUCAACCCCCACAUUUAAACAGCAUUAAAAAUUUAAUAGCGAUUGAGGCAAGAAUGGAAAAUGAGCACUUGCUACAAUCCCAUCCUUAUUUUCUGUCUUUGCUAAUUUGAGGAUAUGUCAGAAUAAACACUGUCUGUUGAGAUAUUUAAGUGUAGAAAUGUGUUUGUGUGCAUGUGUUGGGCAGUAGACUUACAGCAUCUCUGGAACUUACGUAACGGUAACAUACUGGUUAGCUAAAUGUAUAUGUGGCUGUAAAACAAAAGAGUUAUGUUGUUGUUUCUUAUAAGUUGUGACAUCAAUCUUGUACAAGGGACCAUUAGCUGGUUAAUCCGCUGAAAGAGUCUGUAGCAACCACUGGAAACACUUUGAUCUUUUAAUUAUGUUCUGUUUACAUGUAUUUCUGUGUGUGUGUGUGCGUGCGUGUGUGCGUGCACAGCUUUCAAGGCAGCACUGGCUGAGGCUGAAUACCAGAGGAGAGAGUACAUCAGAGUCAAGGAGGGUAGGAAACACAAAGCAUCCACUUUAAAGCUUCUGUGAGCUUUACACUACUUAGUUUGACACCACAACAUCACUAUGUUUCCUUGGAGACCGAUUAUCCAAUCAGUGUACAGGAGAGAAACAGACCAGUAUCACUUAAACCUUGACACCUAAAAAUAGUCCUGUUUCAAAUAGAUCACUACAUGAAAAAAUCCGUCACACAUUCAGAAAUGAAUAGAGCAGCAGAUACUUCAAGAUUGUACAUGCCUUUUUCAUGGUGGAUAUAAGAACUGUGCAGAAUGUUUAUAAUUAAUAUCCUAUAAACAAGCUUCCAAAAUAUUUUUGUUUUGAGCUCAUGUCCUCCCUCAGCGUCUCUCUCCUAUUUAUCCACCUCAGGUCCUCACUUCAGUGAGUUCCUGUCACUUCAGGUCGGAGACGACUGCUCUGUCACUUUGGUCUGCAAGGUAAACACAGACACACUCAAUAAUUAUUGAAUAUUUGCACUCUAAACAAAUGGGGGCUGAGUUGUGGGUAGCUGAUUAGAGGUUCUGUUGAGGCUGUGUGCUGCAGUGCUGUGUGAUGAUUGAGUCCAUUUUUAAAACAACCAAAAUUACACUGUCACGAUUUUGUCUUGGUUUUAUUGGCUUGAAGUGUAUAAUUAAAGCAAUUUUAAAAUCAAAGUCUUGUGCAGAUCUCUGGAGACAAUCUGAAGCUGUUAAAUCUGUUUAUUUGUUAAGCUUGAAAAAGUGCAUUUUGAAUGAUGUUGUACACAACAAACAUAUAGUUCGCAUUAAGUGGUCAAAGUUUUGACUACCCAAGCAUUCAAGCAUCAGUUAGUUUGAAGAUUUCAUUUGUGGUUUGUAUGAGUUAUUUUUUAUAGCACAAUAUAUUCUUGUUAAAUCACUGCAGACCAACGGUGUCUGGAGGGAGAGAGUCAAUUUGAAGUAAUCAGACUGGGAGAUAGUAAGGGCCCACAGUAUAGACAUUUAGGUAUCUCUUGGUCUUAAUGAACCCCACAUUAAUUUAACUUCACACACAUCACUGACUUAUUGAAUUUGCAUCUUGUAAUGGGUUUUGAAAUGUGCCGCAUGUAGCUUUGAUGACAUUCAUUUCAGAUUUCUUUUAGGUGGAACUGAAGUGAAUUUAUCCAGGUGAUUUUACCCACAGAACAUCUCUAAUGGAUCUGUUACACUUCAGCUGGCAUAUAGCUCCUGGUUGCAAUGAAACGAUAAGCUGCAACACAUCUAAACUCAAACUGAUAAGUAACUUUUAAAGAGUGACUGAGGGUGAUGGUGCAGCCUUUGGUCCUGGUCCAUCCGAAACUGUAUGGCUGCCAUAUGGAUUUGAUGAUUUGUUAGAAAAACCACAAAAGACACCAAACUUUCUCUACCUUGUUCAAAAUGAUCAUCAUAUUUGACAUUUAAAUAAAAUGAGGUUCAUUGUUUUGUAUUAUAGGUUGCUAACUUGAAGAAGGAAUCAGUUUUCCACUGGUUCAAAGAAGACACAGAGAUCAUCCCUGAUGUAAAGCCUGACCUGGGAUCAGGAGUCUGCAAACUGCCAAUUAAACUGGUGAUUGUCUUUUGGUCACUUGAAUGCUGAAAAUCUGUUCACUGUUAUUGGUAAUGUACACACAUGUACACACGAGGAUAUAGUAAUGUGUUGUGUCGGUAGUAUUUAUUUAAAGUGACUUUGGUUUGUCCUGAGGAUCCAAAAACAAAAACACUGCAUUCAAAAUAAAUACAAUGAGUUCAAAUUCAUAAUUCACCAAUUCUGAGCCUCUGUUCUCACCUGCUUGUUUCUUGUUUCUUGUUUUUGUUCUUUCUAGUUUUCACUGAAGACAGCAGGAAUUUACAAAGCCACCAUCAGUGAUGACAGAGGAAAAGAUAUGAGCCAGAUUGACAUCUCUGGAAAAGGUAGAUGUUUAUUUGAACAUAAUUCAUCUUAUAAACUUAGUAGAGUAGAAAUUCAUGGACUUUUUGGUUUGGUGCUUGUUUAACUAGGAAAGAGGUGUGAUGGAGUAUUAAAAGUGUAAGCUAAAAAGAAACUUGGAGCUCAUUAGAAAGCAGGAGACAGGAAAAAAAUAAGUGUUCUGAACUUAUAUACUGCACAUGGUACACUAAUGAAUUUUUAACAAACCCGCUAACACCAACCUUGGUUUUCUGACUCCUGUAUAAAAAUAGCUCUUGCCAUGUGACAGCUUUCUCACCUCCUGGAAUCGUUUCUCCCCCUCCCAUAAAAAUCCAUUUAAAUUUUCCAAGAAAAGUUUUUGUGAGAUGUACUCGAGCUUAAACUCUGAAGCCCCUCAGGCGUGUGUUUCUGUGUGCAUUUUGAUGGCAGCACUGAGCAUCAGUGACCUAUUUAAAUCAUCUUUUAUCACCACUGUAAAGGUGGUGAUUAUUUAAUUUGAAUAUCAGAUGAAGACCAGCUGACAGACACAGCUUCUCAAAUAUUCAGCCCUGUUUAUGAUUAAUACUUUUAUUGCCACUCAUACACAGCAAUACAAGCUGAUUAUUUUUAUGUUAAAGGCGUUCUUACCGACACAGAGUCUCUGGAAACUCUAAUCAGAGGAGUUUUGAAUGCAGCCACCAGAGGGCAGCAUUGUGUUUCACUAUCUUUCUCCUCUGACCUCGUGUUUCUCUCUCUUCUAGUUUUUGAGGAUGCCAUCAACAAGAUCAGCCAGCUGGCUGGUAGGUAUCUGCCUUUAAACACACACACGCACACACACACACACACUCAGGCAAACACAAACACCCACACACACACACACACACACACACACACACAGAGGUGAAUACACAGACAUCAAUAUCUCGCAAACAGACGUCCACAUUUGAAACAGUCCUAAAAAUCACCCUCAUCAUCUGCUACCCACUGAGAGGAUCAAGUCCAAAUUGUCCAAAUGGGACAUGGGACAUUCACACCUCUGUGAUAAGAGAUUUAGAUUCAUCACCAGGCAGAUACAUUCCUUUUUUUAAAUCACCUUACCACACAAACACACAAUAACACAUACACACACACACAGACAUACUUAUCAGCAUGUGGCAGAAGUUGUCAUGCUGGAAGCAUUCGGCCAUCAUACCAUCAUGUGGAGAAAUCACUUUAAAAUUCCACUGCGCUGUCACAGUGACAGUGUGGAGGAGCAUCUUACUCCUAUUUUAAGAGACAGUCACUUGACAGCUCUGCAGCAACUGUUACAGCAGCGGCUGCACAGGAGAAGAGGCUUCAUUACUGUGAUAAUGGGAAACCAUGGUGAUGUGACCAGGUGCAUGACACACUUGUACACUUGUAAUGUGCAGGGAGCAAAGUCCCACACAGACAUAGUGGAGUGUGAAACCCCUUUUUAGGCAUAACAGCUCGAAAAAAAGAAGUUGUUAAAGCUUCUGAGGUUUGAAGCGUUUUACUGAAUGCAGGGUACAAACACUCAGUGCUGUGCUUCAUUUGGAGGAUUCUGCUCUUGAUGCUGGGUAAAGGUAGCAUGAAAAGGGAAGUUUUAUAGUCAGAAGUGACCUGAAACCAAUACCGAUACUGGAUAAUCCUCCAGGACAGCAUAUAAAGCAGCAUUAGGUUUCUGUUGAUACAUCAGUCAGUGCAAUGAUGAGGACACGAGGAUAUAAGGAAGUUUGUUUGUCAUAGUAUUGCUACCACAAAAUUUGUUCUCAUCAUAAACGCAGCAAUACACAGAGUUAAAACCACAGAAAGACAACUACUCAAGAAGCAGACAAAUGGCAGUAACAUGAUAAAAUGACGUUAUGAAAAAAAUAAACAUGAAAACACUGGAAACUAAUAUCAGUUUCUUAUUGGUAGAGCUCAGGACUUCAUGAAUUAGCUUAGCUUGAUUUAGCCGUCUGGCAUAUUUUCAGUUUUGAAUUUCUGUAUCAUACUGAGCCUUGGUGUACAAUGACAUCCCUUUAAUUGCAUAUGUAUAGAGAAAGUUGUAAAUGUCUGUUAAAAUACAGUUAUAUUAGCAUUUUUAUUGCACUAGUGCCAGACAGGUACGGAGCGUCAGUCAAAUCUCAGGUAAAGGUAUGGGAAUCAGUGUUGGGAAGAAAAAGCGUUGCAUAAUUAUAUUAUGAAAACAGACAGUCUGUCUGCAGAGCUAUAUUUUGACUUUUUUACUUUUUUUGAUAUGAAGUAUUCUAUGGCUCAUACAGCAGAGAGAGGCCAGGUUAUCCAGGGUCAGAUGGAAAUAUGUAUCUGAUUCUGAUUUCAAAUGUUCCCUCCUCAACCUCUAUCACCUCCAUCACCUCCUCCAGGAGCCAGUGCAGCAGAGCUGGUGAUUAACUGCACAGCAACAGGCAUUCAGCUGCAGUGUCACAUGAAGUAUUACACCUCAGAGAUGAACAUCGUCUGGUAUCGUGGGUAAGAAAUUACAUUUAUAUAUAAAUAUUUCUCAAAUAACACUUCUCCCACCAUGGCAAAAGAAGUACUUGGGAUAAGAGGUAGAAAAUAAGGGUAUCAGAGUACUUGUAGGCAUAGCAGUGUUUCAAGGAGGAAUAAGAGUACUCAUUCGAGUCUCGCUAUGACAAUGCUGACCACAAACACAUUAUUUUUUCUUUUUUUCUUGAGUUAAAUUGCCGGGAGUGGCAAAAACAAUAAGCAGCCUAAUAAAACUUGUGAUGUCUCUUGGCAAGUGUUUUCAUUAUCCUGGUUAUUGCAGUAAAAUUGUUCUGCUUUGUGACAAAAUCACACCCCUAUCAUUUUCCAUAAAGAAGCAAGGUUUUUCUGCACUUAAAAGCACUCUGUCGUACCCCAGAGAUUAUAAAAUGUGAAGGGCGGGGGGAGAGAGUGUGAGAGAAAGACAGACAAAAAGAAAAAACGGACAAAGAGAAAGCGAUGACAGGGGUGAGUGGAGAGUUUUGUGUUAUUCAAUUAUUCAAAGAACAAAAAUUAUGGAGAUUAGAUUUUUAACCUCUCCCCGUCCUGUGCGUGUGUGUGUGCGUGUGUGUGUGCGUGUGUGUGUGUGCGUGCGUGCGUGCGUGCGUGCGUGCGUGCGUGCGUGCGUGCGUGCGUGCGUGCGUGCGUGUGUGUGUGUGAGAGAGAGAGAAAGGGACAGGUAGCAGCAGGAGAGAAAUUGGUAUCCCUUUGUGUAACAUUAAGCAGGCGUGUAAACAUGAAUUUCCAUUAGCUCAGAAGCUUCAAACCUACAUGUAAACACACACACACACACACUCCCUAACCUCAGGUCUGCUCUCUUCUCCUCAGUGAGACUAAACUCACCCCCGGUGACAAGCAUGUGAUUGGAGGAACUCCUUCAAUGGCAACCAUGGAGGUAUUUCUCUAUCCUGAUUAACCCCAAACAGUGUUUACCUGAAAGGUGGAGGAUCACGUGUAAAUGUCUGACAAUACAAUAAGAAGAGCGCUGUUUCUCACAAGAACAGCUAUUAAGGCCUCAGAGUGCCCUUACAGGGGUGAGGCAGGGGCGACUUUAAUGAAAAAAGAGUAAAUAACCUCUCUCUUCAAAGAGGUAGCUAAUAAAUGAAAGCAAAUUAUGCUUUAACGGCUUUAUUAAUGAUCCACUUGAUUCAGUUUUAUUCUUUAUCACAGAGUGUUUUAUGCUCUAAUUGGCUAUUAGAUGAUAUCAUCUUUUAUAAUCUGUAAAUUAAAGACGUAAAUAAAAAAACAAACAACAAAGCUGUAAGAGGUUAAUUGGUUUCAGCUCUUUUUUUACUGUCUUGUGUAAAAGUGUUUUAUUGAUUCGCAGUUGAUCGAGCCAACAGAGAAGGACAAAGGCUUAUACUCCAUCGUGAUCACCGACCCCGAAAACUCACACAAACGCUCACUGGAUCUCGUUGGUGAUGGUCAGUGUCUACUUUCUCCCUCUCAUUUUAAAGAGAAGAUGUAAAACAAAAUUGAUGGAGACAACACUGUGACUUUCCAAUUGAUCAAUGUGUAUUUUAGUUUCAUUGUGAUCCUUCAGCUUUUUUAGGUUAUUUUGGAGUAUUUAGCUUUUACUGGAUAAGACAGCUGAAAGGGACAGACGAUGUCGGGCGUGGAGAGUGGGGAAUGAGUGAGGAGCUAAAAGGGACAAAGACUAGAGCCUCUGUAUAAGGGUUGCUUUCACUACACAACUAAACCUGCUCUCCUGGUGCUUUAAUUUUAGUCUAUCAUACAUUAUUGUUGGUGGUCUCAUGGUCUGACUUUGAAAAGUUUGCAGAAAAAAAAUCAACUACUUUUAUGCGGCAGGUUUAAAUGGUUAUAUCAUUUUACAUCGAGGGUAGAUAAUUAAUAAAUAAUAAGGUUAAUUCCAGGUCAAUGAUGAAUUAUAUCCCUCCUCAUGAUUAAAUUUUUAAGCUUUUGGCCUUUAUUUAAUAGAGCAGCUUGGAAAAGCAGCAAAGGAAAUUUGGGUUGAGAAUGUGAUCAGGAUUCCAUCCUACCCAUUAUAAUGUAGACUCUGUAUAAGAGGUGCCUGCUCCACCAACCGAGCCAAACCAAACCAGUGCCCUAGUGCUAAAGCUUUGACGAAUCUUUUUCAGUCUUAUCCACUGUUAGCUCAACCAGAAUUAAUUAAAUCAAUUGGCACUGUUUUUUCAGGGCCAAUCUUGAUACCAAUUGGUUGUAGUUAAAUAAGAAACUUUGUCAAAAUUUGGACUUUGGAUUACUACAAACUCCAUCACAAAACUUUGUUUAAACAUCUUAAGCAAGUGAUAAGUCAAACCUGGAACGUUCAUAUAAAGGAGUUUCAAGUUAACUAGUUACACUUUGUUCUAGUUACCAACCAGACAGCGUUGUGUGCGGGACAUUAGAUGGGACAAGGUGGUGCAAAAACACAGACCUAGGGAGAAAGACACAAUGGCAACAGAGCCAAAGUACCAGACUUUUUAAUUAAUUAUCUUUAUUGGCCAUCUGCAGAAUACAAGGGCAAGAGAGCCAAAUCAGCCACUAAUUAUCAGUCCACCCCUGUUUCUGAAAAAGCAAAAUUAAACAUGUUACUCAAGUUGUAUUUUAAUAUUCUUGCACUGAAGUCUGAAAUUUAAGGAUGCUUUUUUGUUGUAAACAUUAAGAAUAACAUGUUUAUUUUUUUUCUUCUUACAGUAUAUGAGAAGGCCUUCGCAGAGUUCCAGAAACUCAAGUAAGACUGCUCUCUAAAAUCUUUUUGUUUGUGUCAUUUGGUGCAUAUUCAGACAGCUUUUACUACAUUUACACUGCUUUAUCACUGAAGGUUAAAAUUUUGGGGCUCAAAGUUAUUUGAAUGAUUUCCCGGGAGACUUUCUGUUAAUUCACUGAAAACGUUGUUCUUCAUCCUUGUGGAGUAAUGAUCAGAUUUGAAUAUCAAAAAAUAACAUUUCAAAGAAAUGGCACUGGUUAAUAUUCAAAUCUCAAAAUUCAGUCUUUUGAUACCACAGGCGUGUUACAGAGGUAUAAAUGGAGUGAAGCCUUCAGUUCAGACAGACAACUUGAAUUACACUCACAAAUGAUCUCAUAUACUGCAUGUUGUAAGCUUACCUAACACACGUUUCUAAUAAUUUGGAGCUUGAAAUAAUCAAGCUAACGCUAAAAUGUCCUGAUCUUCUUGUUUGUGAGCACAAACAGUCAGAUUUGAGUCUAGAUAAGAACUAUUCCUACUUCUACUGAAAAUUUUCUGUUGAGUCGCUCACCUUAAAUUCAUUUUUUGUCCGUCACAUUUGUCUUUUUUAUACUUGCAAACAAUUGAAGUAAGCAAUAUUUUAUCAAAUAAUUAGUUUGUACAGCUGAGAUAAAGGUAGUCCUCAGUUCCACAUUUCUGCAUUUAAAAAAUGAGCACAAAAUCUCACAAGCCCCGCUAUCUGGAAGAAGUCCAAUAUGUUUUAAUUUGAGAAUGAAAUCAAUGUGAAAAACUGAAUCUGGUAGGUGAAAGAGAUUCUUUUUGAUUCUGUAGCUAAUUAGGCAAAAGCAAAAACUCCUCAUACUGAAUUUUACAAAUCCAUUUAGAAAAAUCUAUUAAAAGUCAGAGCACUAAACACUUGCAUGCAGAGUGGAAAUUGUCCAUAUCCGUCUUGUAAUUAACAUUCAAAGAGAGACAUUUAAGCACAAGAUUUUGCAGACACACUGGAACAAGUGACACCCUGUUGCCCUUUUUGAUUGAGCAUCAACACACCGGGAGGAGAGCAGAGUUCCACCAGCCAUCUGGUCCUGCGGCUGACCUCUGCUCCUCUCAUGCUGCUCCAACAGACCUCACUCAGUUAUUACAAAGCAAAAUCAGUUUUUCCAUAGAAAAGAUUCUGUUAAGUCCCUGACUGAACUACUGUGUAAUGUGCUUUGGCUCCAAACCCAGAAUGCCUUGUGGCAAACCAUCUGACCACUGCCAUGGACCCAAAAAUGGAGCAAAUAUUAUGUGUGUGGGCAGUGAGCAGAGCCAGGUAGUGGACACAGACCAGAAACAAACCUGGCAUUACAACACAGGCCUUUAUCUGAAAACACUCGGAUUAUUAUCUGCUGUUUUUAAUCUGAAAAUGAAUUAAUGCCGUUUGAAAUAUCUGGGUGACCAGCAUUACACUCAGUGCAGAUUAUGAUUGGUGUACUUCUGCGUAAUGAAAAAGUGAGAGGAGGCAAGCUAACUUUUCUUUCUGUGUGUUUCAGAGCUGCGGCCUAUGCUGAGAAAAGUGAGUUCAUCCUUUCAUUUCUUUGUCUACUGUUUUUCUCUGUCACAUUUUUUAAGUUUCAGGAACUUUACAAAUACAGUCAAAGAUUUCGAGCACCUAUCAAAGAAUUUGCACAAACCUUUCAUUUCUUUCUGAAAAUGAGGCCAGUGAGUGUGUCAUUGGAUGAGUUGUCACCACCAAAACAAAAAAGAUUUCAUAAAAGAUUUCAUAAAAGAAAUCUGAUCGAACAUGUUAGCACGUUUUCUUUAGAGUGGAGAUGUGUCCUUCACCCCCCAGUCUUCAGAAAACUCCUGUUUUGAUUGUUUUCACUGUGGCUUCAUUGGUACUGAGAUAAACAGCUUUAUAAAGCCGACUUUUGUUGUGAAACAGUGUAAGAAACUCUUCAGACUGUGGUUUCAAGAGAAGAGGAAUUCUAAUUUAUAAUGAAAAGCAAGGGGGUUCUUCAUAUGCUUGGGAAAAAAAAUCACUAUUAUCAUCAUAAAAUAUACUGCAUUAGCAUUAAACUAAACCACUAAGCCUUUUAGUACCAAAAAAUGGUCCUUUGGUAACUACAUCCUGGCCUAUAAUGCAAAGUAGUAUACAAAGUACUAAGUAUACACAAGAUUCACUGGAUAUCUUGCUGCUCUGUUUGGCCUCACCUGUGUGCAUUAUUUGCAGUGCUUGUUCAUUUGCAUUGAUGCAGUGGAACAUUUAUGAAUUUAAAAAUGAAGUAGGACGUGUACACAAAGAGGAUGUCAAUGUUUUGUCAUUUAAAGAGUUCAACCAAAGUAACUAACACAAAACACAGCUCAGAUACUUUACCUGGGAUGUUUUCUACAGGAAACAAAAUUGAGUUAUGCUAUCAAUGGUGUGUUUCAGACCGUGGUAAGGUGGUGGGAGGACUUCCUGAUGUGGUCACUAUUAUGGAGAAGAAGGUCAGUUGUCAGUGUUUGUGUGUAACCGAGUGAUUGUUUUUAUCUUUAUGAAUGUGUACAUGUUUGUCUUAGAAGUUCUCCUCUGUUCCUCCUGUAGACCCUCAGUCUCACAUGUACAGUAUGUGGAGACCCAAAGCCCCACGUCUCCUGGCUAAAGAAUGGAACAGACGUGGAACCUGACGAUCAGGUAAAGGCAGGCGGACACACAGACAGACACACAUACAGGGCAGCCUGACAUCAUUAAUCCUCUUGUUUCUCGCUGUAACACAGUGCUGCUGACUGUAAAAGCCUUCACUCCUCCCUCCCCAAAUCCAGCCUCUCCUCCCUUUCUCAUGAUUAAUUACCUUAUUUUUCAGAAACAAUUGCUACAUUGUGUUUUUAUUAACUUGUCUUGUGAUACCGCAGGCCUUCCCUCUCUCUCUGUUGUGUUAUCCCCUGUAGUUUAGAUAUUUUACAAACUUUUUGUAGCAAUAUGGCUAGUAUCCCAAAAAGCAGCACAUAGCACACUCUGUCAAAAUACCAUGCACAGCUAUGAGUACACUAACAGUUUUAAUAUUAGGGUAGGAGUCUUGGGAGAAAAAAGAGAUUUUACCUCUUAAAUUAUGCACAUACUUAUAUUAAGCAGUGGGAAGUAAUAUUCGACUGUGAAAAGCAGGAAAUAAUAAUGGAGGAUUAUCAAGGUAGUGAUACACAAAGAUAGCGUAUGUUUUCAAUUAAAUUUAAAUUAUGAGUCAAAGUUAAUUAAGUGGAUCUCAAAUGAUACAGUUGAGUUCCUCCAGUUCCUCGUUAGAAGCAGUCUGAUUGCACUGCUGGAGGUCUCCAUGCAGCCUCUAUAUGUGCCGCAGAGAUGAUCAGGAUUAAAGGAAACAAAAGACCUCUCUGCGCUAUUAUUGACUCUUUAUCACCAGUUACAAUCCCUCACUGGGGGGAUCAGCAUCCUGUGGGUGAGGUCAGUAUUAUCAGCACACUCCUGGGUCUCUAAUUGAACAAAUCUCCCGCUCAUAAUUCUUGACCUACUUGCAAACCAAUAUAAGUCUAUAGUAGGCUUUCUUCACUUAGUGACAGCUCUUUCAGUAGCAUCCUGCGGCACCUUGCAGCUUUGAAGACUGAAGCUUGAGAAACCCAGGUCCAGGUGGAAUAUGUGUUGAAGUUUGCCCUUUCCUUUAUUCAGCCCCUCACCCGCUAAUAAUCUGUCGAAAACAAGAACAGACGUCCUUGAUGAAGUGUUUUCCAAACCUCAGAAGUGUGUCUCCCCUGCAAAGUUAGCUCAGAGGCUACCUAAGAUAAGAGCCAAAACAAACAGCAGACAGAGAGGAGAGCAGUACACUGAAACUGAGAACAUGGGUAUUGUUGUCACAUUAUACCUUGUUUUAGUAAUAGUAUACAUUUUUUCAAUACUUUGCAGACUUUUAUGCUGAAAAUAUCUUGACCAUGGUCUGGCAGGAUGAUACCUUCUCCCUCAAUCAUCUACUUUUCAUUUGUGUUAUAAAAUCUUAGUGUUCCUACAAAUAAAUGAAUGAGUCCAGCGGCACACUGGUAUUUUCAGGGACAGGGAUGAAAGCCCUGAAGGGCACCCCCUGCACAAAAAUCUAUGAUUAACGCAGAUCUGACCAUAGCAGCAUUUAAGCUCUCCACUGAUGUGUCCCUCCUCAGUUUAUAGUGAUCAUAAGGUAGGUUGCAUAAUGGUUACAGAAUUUGAAUCGUUUUUCGAACCUCUGAUAGCCAGGGUCAGUUUUAUUUAAACAUCAUAGAGCUCAAAUAAUAAAGGAGGAGUCUGGGGUUUCUUUCCAAGGAAAUUUUGAGCUUUUAACACUAAACUACCUGGAUUCGAGUGAAUAUUUAUGCAACAGUUUGUGGUGAAAGUUGUUAAUGCACAAUAACAAAAAAAUAAAUCCUACUUCCUGCUUGCAAAAGUAACUGCCUAGUAAGAUUAAAUCUGCUGUGCUUCACAUGGUAAACUGAUUUAUCUAAUCUUAAUAAAAUUAUAAUAAUAAAAAAAAGUUAAAAUCUAAGUAAAAAAUGACUUUAAUAAAUGAUCUUGCAUGUCAACCGAACACAUAUAAAGAUAAAGUUACAUCCCUAAAAGUAGAUAUUGAUUAAUCGGACCAAUUCAUGGUAUUUUGAAAUAAUCAGUAUUAGCUCAUAUCUUCACUCAUUAAUCUGAUUAAUACGAUAAAACCACUCAUUUCUGCAGACACUACUGGAAGGCUAGUAAACACAGCUGCUGUCGACCAAGAUCAACGCCUUUACAAGAUAAAACCUUUAAUGACAGCAAAUAAAAAAUAAUGGAAUGAAUUCAAAAUCCAUCUGAAACACGUCUCUAGCUUUGAUAACCAACUGUGUUAGAUUGUAAUCUGCAUGGUAUAAUGGAUGUUAUAUUUAUUAUUUCUUAAGAUUCCUUUAAAAUGCAAAUAUAUUAACAAGGUUAUAUCAGCCUUAUAUGCUUCUUUUCUACCCUUGCAUUUAAUGAAUGAGCGCAAACAAAUCAUAGGCACUGUAGCUUUUAUUCUUUUACUGUUUGUAUUUUACUCCACUGUUUUUUGUUUUAUUAUCUAUUUAUUUACUUCUUUUCUUUAUCUCAUGUACAGCACUUUGUUUGACUGCUGUCUUUUUAAAGUGCUUUAUAUAUAAACUUUGACUUUAAUUGACUUAUAUACUAGCCAUUGGCUGACCAGUUCUGUUGAUAUCCGCACUGGUACCAGGAGAAUAUCCAAAGCACGCUGUCCAAUCUGCAGGUUUUUUUUCCGGUAUAAAGGCACCACAAUGUUCUCUCUUCCUUAAGUCAAAAAAUCAAAAACCUUGAAACAUGUUAAUUAUAAAAACAGUUCAUCAGACGCACAAAUUACCUUUUUUUUCUCAGUUUGACUUUUAUUUCAGCCUUUAAUUUCUUUUAAUUAAAGACAAGUGUUUUUCUUAAUAGGAACGUAAUCACCCUGCUACGAGUGCCUCUCCAUAAACUUCACUGAAGUCCAGACCUUGCCAUAAGUGUGCAGGUUUUAAAAGGGAAUUACUGUGAUCUCGCUGGCACCACUCAUUGUACAAGUCAGGAUAUUUAUCAUGUCUCAGGUGUUUGAAGAGGGAAGACAAAAGAGUGCUUAAACUGCUUCAGGCGAAGCAUCACAUUUUGUGGUCUACAGAACAACUGGUGAAAUACGUUUUUAUCGUCAUGUGGUCAUGAUUUGGUUGAGCUAACAGAGUGGAGUUGUGAGGGCGGUCAGAUGAUUUGUCCGAGUGUUCGUAGCAGUCCUCUGUCUCUGCAAUAGCUGCUGCUCUGGGUUAAAGAUAACUCUGCUUUAAUAGCUCUUCGAGUGACAGGAGUUUUAAUAUUAUAUCGUGCUAAAACUCCCCAUGCUGCCUUCCUCACUUUUUGUACCUUUUGAUUUCAUAUUUCAGUACUCGGUCUCCCUGGACCAGGGCAAGUUUGCCAGCCUGACGAUCAAAGGUGUUUCCAUGGAGGAUUCUGGCAGAUAUACCAUGAUUGUCCAGAACAAAUACGGAGGAGAGUCUGUGGAUAUAGUGGUGAGUGUCCCUGCUGUGUGCCACAAAUUACUGGAUUUACUCAAAGCCAUGAAAUGUUUCCGACCAUCUGCGGCACAAAUCUUGUCUUUCGUGGGGGCCUGACAGUGAGAUGUGUUUGUGAUGACACUUCAGUGUUACUCAGAGCUGCCGCAGAGCUCAUAUUUGACCUUGUGAUGUUUGUCCAACCAUCAUUUUGUAGUUAAAUCAUAGAUCCUGACCUAUUUCACCCUUUUGGACUUCAAAAGAUGAAUUUAGAUUUUUUAUUUAUUUUUGCAUGAAAUACCCUUUCCCUUGAACUCCCUCUUCUUUUUAUUGACAACAGAUUUAACAUUUGAAAAAUAUUAAAAUAUGUGUAUAUUAUUGACUCUAUGUACUUUUUCCAUCCUCUCUUCAGGUCAGCGUGUACCGCCAUGGAGAGAAAAUCCCUGAGGCUAAACCAACUCUGACUCCGAAAACGAUCAUCCCACCCAAACUCCCCAUUGAGAUGCCUCAGCCAAAAUCCCCGCCUCCUACCAGCCCCACCCCCUCCUCUCCUACCCCGACCCCCAAGGCAGGCAGAGGAGUGAAGAGUCCCACUCCUUCCAGGAGGAAGUAGAAAACAUUAAUAAUACAUAUCAG